CCUGAGGCUGUGUACCAGCUACCGGCAUGACUCGCUUCCCGGCACACGGCUCGGUUGGACAUCUUGGUACCGGAGCCGCCUAUGAUGCACAGUGUGUGGCUGGGGGAGCGAUGUCAGUGUAUGUGUGGGGGAGAGCUGUGCCAAUGUGUGGGCACGGGAUGGGGGAGCUGUAUCAGUGCCUGUAUGCAGGGGGUGUACUGGGUACACACCCUGUGUGCAUGCACUCACUGUGCUCCUUGCCUUGUAUCCCGGGUAUGUCGGUGGCUAUGUGUGUGUGUAUGAAGAGGGCUGGAUGAAUGGUGCAGCCACUAAGAGGAGGAGGAGGACGGAGCAGAACGCUGACACUCCUCCAACGAGAGAGCAGCCAUCCAUCCAGCAAUAUUAUCAUGGCUAGUAAUUUCCACAAACCUGGAUAAUCAGCCUCCAUUAAAUCUCUCUCUCCCCCCUCCCCCUUCCUUCCUUUAUUGCGAGGAACUUCCAGCCCAGGAGAUACACAGGGGUUCGAAAUCUACCUGUUUUUUAUGUGCAAGCAAUUCUGAUGGAAGGGACACCGAGUAAAUAUGAGUACCUUUCUUGUGCUGUUUUUUUUUUUUUUUAACUACAAUGAAGCUAUAACUUGUUUGAUGGUUGAUUUUAAUUUCACUUUGGUGCCUUUAUUUCCUAGUAUCCCAAAAAACAACUGUGUAGACUGAAAAGAUGGGAAUAUGAGGAACACAAAAAGGCCCUGGCAGCAGGAUUAAUACAUUCAUAGGCCCAUCCAGCAAGAUUAGAACCGAGCAGAAAGGGAGGAGCUGGAAUGAUAGAAAAAGUACUCGAUGAGGUUUGAGCCUAGUAAGUCACCGUACAAGAGGCUGUGUGGGAGGAGAUCAUAGGGAUUGCCCCCUCUGGGCGGGGUUUUCUCGGUUUGCCGGUGAUGACGUCAGAGUCUAGGGGUAAAGGCGGUGUUCUAGAUAGAACAGCGGGGUGGGACUAUGUCUGAGCACAGUGUGCCAGGGGAUGCUGAGAAAUAUAUAUUCGAGUAUAAGCCGAGGCCCCUAAUUUCACCACAAAAAAAUGGGAAAACUUAUUGACUCGAGUAUAAGCCUAGGGUGGGAAAUGCAGCAGCUACUGGUAAAUUUCUAAAUAAAAUUAGAUCCCGAUAAAAUUACAUUAAUUGAAUAUUUAUUUACAGUGUGUGUAUAGAAUGAAUGCAGUGUGUGUUUGUGUAGUGUGUAAACUGGGUGAGGGGAGGGCAUUUUUAUUUUAAUAUUUGUAUUAUUUUUUUAUUUUUUUUUUGUCCCCCCUCCCUGCAUGUUGCCUGGCCAGGGCGGGGGGCUAUGUGAAUCCCUGGUGGUCCAGUGGGGGGGCUGGCAGCGAGCUGUUACUUACCUUCCUGCAGCUCCCUCUCCUCUGUGCAGCUCCCCUGUCAGCUCCGUUCUGCUCCCAGUGUAAACCUUGCGGUCUGUGUGCUGCGCGGAGCGUUGCCACGGUAACCCGUGGCAACACUGACGGCCGCGGGUGUCGCGAGAUUUACACUGGGAGCAGAACGGAGCUGACAGGGUUGCUGCAUGGAGGAGAAGGGAGCUGCAGGAAGGUAACAGCGCACUGCCAGCCCCCAACAGGACCGCCGGGCUUGAAAUGAGCCCGGCGGUCCUGGUCUGUAUUAUGGCAAUGUAAGUUGCCAUAAUACAGACAUUGACUCGAGUAUAAAUGAGUGGGGGUUUUUCAGCACAAAAAAUGUGCCGAAAAACUCGGCUUAUACUCGAGUAUAUACGGUAAUCUGGUUUGGUUGAGCAUUGCUAGCUGUCACAGAUUGGCUGCCUUGUAUCUAGGGGGAGACGGGCAGAUUUUAGAUGCUGAAGUGUAUAGUAAGGUCUUGAUUCAUGACGUGAUAUUAUUAUUUAUAUAGCGCCAUCAGAUUCCGUAGCACUGUACAAUGGGAUAUAAACUGUUUGAACCAUCGCAAGGCAGCUAAAACUAUAAAUUCAUGGAGCAAUUUAUUUUUUGGCUUAGUACAAUGCUAUUGGUCUGUUAAAUGGUCACAUUGGGGGUAAAAGUGUACUUUAGCGUAUUUUUUUUUAAAUUUUACUCAAAGUAAAUAGUGUAUUUUAUUAUUAACAGUCAUUAUUAAAAUACACUUUUACCUUAACUCGUUUAAGUUUGGUUGCCCCCACUCCCCCUAAGGAUUAACUAGAUAAGCAUCACAACUUUAAACCUACUGACUUCACGUUAUGAGUGUAAAAGUAAGCAGGCGUCCAGAUGUUUAAAUCCGCACUAAGAAGAGGGAUAUGCAUAUAUUCCAUGGAGGCUAAUGUUGUGACACUAUACAUGUUUCAAGGAAGGACUGCAUUAUCUAUGGGCUCAUCCUGUAACAUGUCUGGUCACAGCAAGUCUGAGGCACAGAUGUGUGGCUCAGCAUUACGGAACUGGCAGUUUACAAUAGACUGGCAGUUUUAAGUAAUCUGGGGUACAGCCGGUUACCGGGAAUAAAUCCUACCACUGUAAUGACUGUAGGUAUUUAGUGUGAAGGUACUUACUGUGCUCCAGGGAUAACAAUACCCAGCACACAGUGAGUGUCCCCUGACCUGCAGGGCAGAUUACAAUUUGCCGCAGUCCAUGGUGUUAGCGAGUAGACGACCCCUAGCUAACCACAUCAUGGCAGUGUCUGGAUUUUGGAGAUGGUAUGCUAAUAGAGAUGCUCUUGUUUUUCGUAUAUUUGUACGGCGCACCAUAAUAGCAAUGCAAAAAAAUAAUAAUAAAAUACACCUGAAUGAAACAGCAAAUAAUAAAAUACGUUAAAAUACACUUUUACCCUCCUUCAGUACAUCUUUGGAUAAUUAGAAGUAUCUAGUUGAAUGCAAAAACAAGAACUAGUCUUAGUUAUUGGUAUUAAUAUCUGCUAACUUUGCAAGCCCUCCCCUUCUUUCUUUGCCCAGGCUAUGUGUGGCUGUCCAAUCACAGCCUUCCUUUUCAUCUCAAAAGGGAGUCUUUCUUAAGGUAGGUGCUCUGGGCAAUUGCCUGCUUCUUGAGUUUAACUCCACUGAGCUAAACACUCCAGGAAGUAACAGGACCUGUUGUUAAGGUUAAUGUAUAACAGUGCCAUUUACUAUUACAAUCUGCACUUUUAUGUAAAAUGAAAAACGAUGAUAUACUCGUCACACAUAAAUCAUUUCAGCAAGCUAGUGUGGCAGUUCUGGUGUAACGAGAGUGUCCCUGCAAUCUGACAGUUGUAAACACUGCAAUUUUUAAACUGAACACUUUAACUUUUAAAAUAUAGGUUUGCAUAUCUAAUAGAGUGCUUCUUUAAAGCUGAUCUGUCAAUUUCAGAGUUCUUUGCAUAUUUCUCAAAACUGAUAGAUCUGGUGUAGGAGUGGUGGCUGCGGGGUGCAGGGCAGUGGAGUUUUACUUCCCUCUGGCUUUCUCAAUCUUUAUGCCGGAGGUCUUUUCUGCUCAUAGCGCUUCAGCUGCCAGGAGCCACGUCAAUGUGGUACUCUUGCAAGACCAUGGGAUCUUUCAUAGACAAAACCUGAAUCCCAGAGCCGUCAUUUGUGAUGUUUGCUGAGAUUUGACAAAAGUUGACAAUCCCUUUGUCAACCCAGGCUUUUACAUAAGAAAAAUUAUUACAAGGCUAAACAAAUUCCAGGUCAUAAGACAAAGUAUCAGCCUCCCCUGCACUCCCACAGCGGCUGGCUAAGAAAGAAUGCAGGUGGGCGGUGAGGGAGUUGUAAUCUUCCUGUUCUGUUCCCACGUGCACCCUGCAGUAAUGCUUGGUGCUGGAAUUUGAUUUUAUUCUGGCCAUGGCAUUACUAAACAGUGCACUAGGGAGCAGGGCAACAAUAGGUUGAAGAUUUAUGGCCCCUGGGGAAAGCAUACAUUCUAGCCCUGCCAAAGGUAGGUAGGCUGGGUGGACUUAAAUUAAAAAAACAAAACAUAAUUUCUGAGUAUGUGAGACAAUGUGUUUGUGUGUUAGUAUCAGUGUGUCUGUCUGAUUUUAUAAGUGUGUGUCUGAAUAUGUCUAUCAGUGUGUGUCUGACAGUGAGUGUGUCUGUUUAGGUGACUGGCUCCCCUCCAAUUGCAUGGGAAAGGUGUUUUUACUCACCUUUUUUCCCAUGCCGUCCCAGUCUCGCUAUUGCUGGCCCAAUUCUAUGGCUGAGAUAAUCAAUCUUGAUGAUCUCAGCUAAGCCACACACUUUCGCAGACACAUACACACUGGCACAAAGAUAUACACACUGGCAGAUACACACACACUGACAGAUACACUGGCACACAGAUACAAACUGCCACAUGCACACACAGAUAUACAUAGUUACACAGACACACACACAAACACACAGGUUUAGAGAUAAUGUUUAUAGUUGCAGCCACCCUCCUGAUAGCUUAAAUUUGGUGCUGCUGGUGUGUGAGGUCUGCAGCAGCUCUCUCCUCACCUCUCUUCAUCCGUCUCGGCACUUUCUAUGUCAGGGAGGAAGUGAGAGCCUGUCACUAUCUCCCAGCAUUCGAUACUACAAGUGCAUGGGCCUCCCAAUGGGCAAAUUGCAGCGGGACACUAACUGGUAAACACUGCUUUAAAGUGUCAUUUAAUUUACAGAAUUAUUGCUCUUAUGAUCGUCCUACUUCCCGACCAACUAGACAAACGACAUUUGGGAGAUAUGAACUACCGACUGGCUGGAGAAUUCGCUCCCUAAAAGCCAGGGGGAGUUUAAGUCUCUGUUCGCACAGGAACUCCUGUAAGCCAACCGUCCGCCACCCUCAUUUCUCUGGACCUAUUUUGAGCCAUCACCUCAUGGCCGGUCAGUCAGAACUUUACCCGAAUGGCGAUUCCAUUCUACUGAACAGAUCGGAGCGCUAUCUGGACAACUUGGGCGCUCAGAUCUGGGCUAUUCGGGGAUAUUUACUUGUGGGGUUCCUGUAAAAUAUGAGUGUGUUUUGGGGGUAUUUUAUGUAUGUUAAUGUAUUUUCCUGUAACAGAGAUAAUUGAGUUACUCAGUUUUUGACUCAAUUAUCUCUCCGACAAUGGGAGCAAGUUGUAGGUGAUCGGCCUCUAGGACGUGAUCAUAGGGUCCAUAUCUGGAUUAAAACAACAAAAGGCAUAAAAAAACAAAAAUACUACAAUUGGUUUCCAAGGAGGUUUCAGAUCUGAUGGACACGGGCACUACUAAAGUGAUUUCUUGUGAGCAAUAUUUAUGUAGCCACAAGAAAGAAGGCAGUGUCCACCCUAUGAUAAACCUGAGACAGUUGAAAGGAACCAUAUUUACAUGGUGUGUUCAAUAAACAAAUGGCAAUAUUUCAUUCUUUGUGUGUUAUUAGUUUAAGCAGACUGUGAUUGUCUAUUGUUGUGACUUAGAUGAUGAUCAGAUCACAUUUUAUGACCAAUUUGUGCAGAAAUCCAUAUCAUUCCAAAGGGUUCACAUCUUUUUCUUGCAACUGUAGUUCUCUGUAAGCUGGUAGAAAGUAACAUGCACUCACUUCAUCCCAGCAAUGUGGCCAAACUACUGAUCUGGUAAAAGGACCCGUCCCCCCACACACACAGCUUGUCAGCCUUGAUGCAGGCACACCUAUGUUAGUUCUGCUGUUGAAUGGGGCUAUAGACACAAGGGAGAAGGUGGGACAUGAGAAGAGGGACACAAGUUGUUGAAAGUGAUAUGGGGAAUCGGACAUAAGUGUGUAGAGCAGAAAUAUGAGGAGUGAGGAAAAACUUGAGCAGCAAAGGAAAAAAAAAAUAUAUUAACAGUGUGCAAAGUAAAUUACACUAAAGGCUGUUUCCUUUAAUGUUCUAAGAAAUUUAUGACGUGCUAGUUGUGGCUUGUGGUGGGUUAGUGUAUCUUGGACCAGCAUAAAUCCAUAUUCUUGGACCAGCAUAAAACCAUGUUCCCUAAACAAAGUACUUUGUCAAACUGAUAUUUCCAUACUGCUAUACUUAUAUGGUAUUUCUAUGAUAGGGGAAGAAAAAGUGAAAACUUCUCUGUCCGUCUUAGAUUUUUGCAUCACGGGUUCAUACUCAUAAUGCUGCAGCCAUAGUAGUUACUAGGGAGCUAAAAGUCAAAAGACUCAAUGUCACGGCAAGGGUGUAUGGUUUGUUGUGACACUAUGGAAUGUCGUCUUUUGAUGUGAUUUCUUGUAGUGGAUGGCACAAAUUGCAGAGAUGCUGUUGCUGAGGUCAACAGGGGUUGCAUCUUUUGAGGCUGGGACCCCCACAGAGGGCGGAUGGCGGAGGGGGUGGUGUGAAUGGCAUGGGAGUGUGGGGGGGAUUUUGCUGUGUGGAUGUGGGGUCUGCAGGGUGUGGGGUUCUGCACUUGGAGGGGGUCUGGGUGUCUCUUGGUCCAUUUGGCCUGUGCUUUGUGGGUGGUGAGUGGAUCUCUUUGAUGUGUGGAUGCCGUUGGCUUUGUUCUGGUGUCGUGUCCAAAUGAGGGACAGGGGACAUUCAUGUUUGCCCCCACGGAGUAAUGGUUAAGCCUCAUUUUUGUUGUAUUUGGAAUGUGACAGGCGCCGUCUUCUGGCCGGGUCCGGGCGGGAGUGGCCUGGCUUGACCCUGGGGAGAGGAGUUGUGGUGUCCGUCCUGUUGGAUCGUGGGUGGGACGUGCGGCAUGUCUAUGGAAUGGGAAAAUGGUGGCGAAUUUGUAGAUGCAAUUGUUGUUUCUGUGGCGGGUGCAAAGGAGGGGAUGGGGUCGGGUGUUUCCAUUUGGAUUGACAGUGGUCUGGAACAGGGGAGGUGGUCAGUUGUUGUUUCUGUGGGUGCGCCUUGGCUCCACCCCUGGGCGGGACUUGGUGGACCGCGGGGUGUGUAUCUGGUGAUCCUGAGGGGUGUUUGUGUACUUGCUUGGGGCCAAGAUCUAAUUUUGGGUGAGUCACCAUCUUUCCUUGCCAGAGACCCCCUGGACAGAAGUUGUACUUUGAAAACCUAAGUGAGUAAUUAGGACUUCUGUAUUUUAUCCUUUUUGUUUUUAUCUGUUGUUGGUGUAACUAAUUUGUUUAUCAUAUAUUUUUAUAUGCACUGUGACCAUCUUUUGCUCAUAAUAAACAUUCAUUUAUUAAGUUUUGCCUUUGUCUGGUUAAGAAUCACGUUACCUGAAGAGACUAGUUAGUAUUUUUAUAAUUCCUUAAAUAUUGUGCUAAGUAAUAUUUGAUGGGUUUUUAUUAUUGAUUUACCUGGGGGACCAAGGCACCCCAUUUAUAAAUUGUCUUGGUGGUGGCAGCGUUAAAGUAGUAAUAGUUAUAUUAUUAUGUUUAAGUGUGGGUGGUGUUAAAGGGGGAUUUUGUCAUUAUUUCCGGUCUAGUGCAGACAAAUAGUGUACUUUAACCCUUUCACCACCACAACUACGUCACGCACACUCUUGGAGUAGGGUGCGUUCGUGACAAAUUGGUGGCAUAGCGGUGGGAUAACUAAAAAGAUUUUUCAUCUUUUUGUACCAGAUUUUAGUGUUGCUGGAUUUGUUGGUUAAUCCAGGCACUAAAAGAAAUUGUGUCUCAAUUUCCAAAGGCUGAACUCAGUGCAUAUAUAAUAUAUUUACACCUUAACAGUCCCCCCCUUCUCUGUUUUUUCUUUCCUAUCUUUUAUUUACCAAAUGGAGUACCAGGCACAAUCCAAGGCAGCGCUAGACCAGCUUUGCCGGGAGAGAUCUAUUCCCUGUCGGGGAAAAACAAAAGAGGAACUAUUGCAAGCACUGGUGGACUAUGAUAUGCAACAAGCAGUGCAAAAUGAUGCCUCAAACACUGCAGAGGAGAUACCUGCAGCUUUUGUCCGUGAUGUACCGAGAUCUGCAGAUCCUUUGGAUUGUUACUUACAAACGGUGUUAAAAUAUGUGGACUCAGCAGAUGCAAACCAAAGACUACAGCUUAUCCUUCAAUAUCAGGAGGCUGAGAGAGAGAGAGAGGCUGCUGAGCGCCAAGCUGAGAGGGAGAGAGAGGCUGCUGAGAGGGAGAGAGAGGCUGCAGAGCGGCAGGCUGAGAGAGAGGCCUCUGAGCGACAAGCUGCCAGAGAGCAUGAGCUAAAAAUGGCUGAGUUAGAGAGGUUGACUGCCUCCCCUAUGAGUAUUAAUUCCAGAGACUCUUCUGCACCCAAACCACGUGCAGAGAAUUUUCCAACUUUGGACAAAGAUGGUGAUUUGGAUGUUUUCCUGCGCAGUUUUGAAAAAGUUUGCAGGCAGUACCAGCUGCCAAAGGACCAGUGGGCAAAAUACCUCACCCCUGGUCUCAGAGGUCCUGCACUGGAAGCAUUUGCUGCGCUUCCAGCAGAAUUUGACCAGGACUAUGAUGCGAUUAAGGCUGCCUUGCAGGAACGAUACAACCUUACUCCUGAGGUGUACCGAAAGAAAUUCAGGACUUUGCAAAAGCAUCCCACAGAGAGUUAUGCAGCGGUUGUGGGGCACCUGGCGACAGCAUUCCGACAGUGGACUACAGGGCUGGAGAUUACCACUUUGGAAAGUUUGCAAGACCUGUUAAUAAAAGAACAGUUUUUGCAGCUCUGCCCAGCUGAUGUACAGGAAUGGCUGCUGGACCGGAACCCCAAAACAGCAUUGGAAGCGGGUAAGCUGGCAGAUGUCCACACUGCCAACCGAGCAACAGUGGACCGGAGCAGAGGGUUUACCAAGGGAACAUCCAGCUGGAGGACCACACCACCACGACUCCCCAUCACCAGGCCUAGCGGGCCAUCUUUUGUUUCAGCUCCUACCUCAGGGAGAGGGGGAGCUAGUGCCAUGUCUGCGCAAGGAGAUAGUCGCAGAUGUUUUAUUUGCAACCAAGUGGGGCACAUUAGUGUUGCUUGCCCUGGGAAACGGCAGCCAGCAUCAUCAGCUGGGGAGGGACGCUCCUCAGAACCAACGUCCUCUGUGUUGUUUGUAACCAGAUCAGAAGGCAGCAACAAUGUGAAUCUGCAACCUGUGACAGUUGGAAGAGAGGUAACUGUGGGACUCAGGGACACUGGGGCAGAUGUGACUCUUGUGCGUCCAGAGCUAGUGUGCUCUGAGGACUUAAUUCCUGGCAGGACUCUAGCAGUUAAAGGAAUUGGGGGGGUACGACUUGUAGUGCCAAUGGCACGAGUUUAUUUGGAUUGGGGAGCGGGGAAGGGUUUCAGAAAUGUGGGGGUAGAUGAGAAUAUCCCUGCAAAUGUAUUACUUGGUACUGACUUAGGUAGAUUGUUAUCCCAGUAUGUGCCAGAAAGUAAUGUGUGUUAUAAACCCAAGCCUCAUAGGGGCCCUACUGUGCAGAGGGCAGUAUGUGAAAAUGAAUGCAGACAAUUGUGCUGGGAGGGAGGGCAGAAUAAGCAUGUGUGCGGGUCUGUGCCUGAACCAGAGGUGUCUGCAAUAUCAUGUGAGAGUGUGCCAAGACAAAGUUGCUGGGAGGGAGGGCAGAAUGAGCAUGCGUGCCAGGCUGUGCCAAAACCAGAAUUGUCUGUGGUAUCAGGUGAAAGUUUGCCAGGGCAACUUCGCUGGGAGGGAGGGCAGAAUGUGUGUCAAUCUGUGCCAGAACCAGGGGUGUCCGUGGAAACUUGUGAAAAUGUAGGCAGACAAUUGUGCUGGGAGGGAGGGCAGACUGAGCAUGUGUGCUGGUCUGUGCCUGAACCAGAAGUGUCUGCAAUAUCAUGUGAGAAUGUGCCAAGACAAAGUUGCUGGGAGGGAGGGCAGAAUGAGCAUGUGUGCCAGGCUGUGCCAAAACCAGAGUUGUCUGUGGUACAAGGUGAAAGUUUGCCAGGACAACUUCACUGGGAGGGAGGGCAGAAUGUGUAUCAAUCUGUGCCUGAACCAGGGGUGUCUGUGGAAACAGGUGAAGGUGUAUGCCGGCAAUUGUGCUGGGAGCGAGGGCAAAUUGAGCAUGUGUGCGUGUCUGUGCCAGCACUAGGGGUGCCUGUAAUACCAUGUGUGAGUGGGCAAAAACAGCUGCACAGCGAGGCAGGGCUGGAUGAGCAUGUGUGCCUAUCUGUGUCAGAGCCAGGGUUGUUUAAGAUGACAUGUGAAAACACAAGUGGAUCAAACCAUUGGGAACCAGGGCAGGAUGAGUUUAUGUGUUCACCUGUAUCUCAGUCAGGAGUAUGUCAGGUGCCAGAACAAGGACAAAGUGAGUGGCUAUGUGAGAUUAUGGAAGGAUGGCCUGGCUGGGAGAGGAAAUUACGUGAGUGUGUUUCACAUCCAGUGCCUGACCAAGGGGUGCUAAAGGUGUUAUGUGACAAUGUGCAGGAAGAGAAUUCUAGGGAGAGAGGGUUGAAUGAAUAUGUGUGCCAAAAUCUGCCUGACGCCAAUGUAUUGGCUGGGCUCUGUGAAAGUGUGGAGGGAGAGCAUGGCUUUGAGGGAGGGCAGAGUGUGUGUGAGCCUUACUCUGCACAAGACUCCCAAGGUGCUGUGUGUGUGAGGACAUGGAGUGGAGGUGAGGGAGAGACAGAGGUUCCAUCAUUAGAUAGGGGGACCCGUCCACGGUCUGCCCAAAGUGAGGGGCAUGGACAGUCUCAACCUGUGGGUCCAGGGAAAAUGGCCGCAGGGGAACAUACUGAUGGGGGAACCACCAUCCUUGUCAGCAUAUCACAAUCACACCUCCAACAUACACCCAAGCCAGCUCAGGAGAAGGCGUCUGUCUCUAAGCAACUUUUUGAUUCUGAACCAAAGGUUCAGAGUAAAAAGGUGCAACGAGCCCAGCAGACAGACCACAAAAUAAAACAGAUAAGGAGUGUGGAUACAGUGCAGGUACCCUGGGAGUGUCCUCUGUCUCAUCUUGUGUGUGCUUACAGGGGAGUACUGCAGAAAUCGGUUGGUUUCUUCCCCUUAGAGCUACUACACGGGCGCAGUGGGUGUGGCCUGAGAGAUGUGAUCAGAGCGCAGUGGGAGAUGGAAACAGGCAAAUCAGGCAUGCGUGUUGUGGAUAUGGCUUAGGGACAAAGGGCAAGCCUUUUUGGGGGAGGUGUGUGAACACGUGAGGGUUACCCCAUUCAUGUAGAACCAGAGUUCUGAAAAAGAUGAGUAUAUGAGGUGGAGGCAAAAAAGGAACAAGUGUUGAUACACAAGGUAGAGGCAUGUGAGCCUUCUCCCAUUGCGUCUCUUAUUUGGGGGAGGUGUCACGGCAAGGGUGUAUGGUUUGUUGUGACACUAUGGAAUGUCGUCUUUUGAUGUGAUUUCUUGUAGUGGAUGGCACAAAUUGCAGAGAUGCUGUUGCUGAGGUCAACAGGGGUUGCAUCUUUUGAGGCUGGGACCCCCACAGAGGGCGGAUGGCGGAGGGGGUGGUGUGAAUGGCAUGGGAGUGUGGGGGGGAUUUUGCUGUGUGGAUGUGGGGUCUGCAGGGUGUGGGGUUCUGCACUUGGAGGGGGUCUGGGUGUCUCUUGGUCCAUUUGGCCUGUGCUUUGUGGGUGGUGAGUGGAUCUCUUUGAUGUGUGGAUGCCGUUGGCUUUGUUCUGGUGUCGUGUCCAAAUGAGGGACAGGGGACAUUCAUGUUUGCCCCCACGGAGUAAUGGUUAAGCCUCAUUUUUGUUGUAUUUGGAAUGUGACAGGCGCCGUCUUCUGGCCGGGUCCGGGCGGGAGUGGCCUGGCUUGACCCUGGGGAGAGGAGUUGUGGUGUCCGUCCUGUUGGAUCGUGGGUGGGACGUGCGGCAUGUCUAUGGAAUGGGAAAAUGGUGGCGAAUUUGUAGAUGCAAUUGUUGUUUCUGUGGCGGGUGCAAAGGAGGGGAUGGGGUCGGGUGUUUCCAUUUGGAUUGACAGUGGUCUGGAACAGGGGAGGUGGUCAGUUGUUGUUUCUGUGGGUGUGCCUUGGCUCCACCCCUGGGCGGGACUUGGUGGACCGCGGGGUGUGUAUCUGGUGAUCCUGAGGGGUGUUUGUGUACUUGCUUGGGGCCAAGAUCUAAUUUUGGGUGAGUCACCAUCUUUCCUUGCCAGAGACCCCCUGGACAGAAGUUGUACUUUGAAAAACCUAAGUGAGUAAUUAGGACUUCUGUAUUUUAUCCUUUUUGUUUUUAUCUGUUGUUGGUGUAACUAAUUUGUUUAUCAUAUAUUUUUAUAUGCACUGUGACCAUCUUUUGCUCAUAAUAAACAUUCAUUUAUUAAGUUUUGCCUUUGUCUGGUUAAGAAUCAUGUUACCUGAAGAGACUAGUUAGUAUUUUUAUAAUUCCUUAAAUAUUGUGCUAAGUAAUAUUUGAUGGGUUUUUAUUAUUGAUUUACCUGGGGGACCAAGGCACCCCAUUUAUAAAUUGUCUUGGUGGUGGCAGCGUUAAAGUAGUAAUAGUUAUAUUAUUAUGUUUAAGUGUGGGUGGUGUUAAAGGGGGACUUUGUCAUUAUUUCCGGUCUAGUGCAGACAAAUAGUGUACUUUAACCCUUUCACCACCACAACUACGUCACGCACACUCUUGGAGUAGGGUGCGUUCGUGACACUCAAAUCUUAAAACAUCAACCAGUUCCUAUCUGAGUGCUAAACCUAUUGCUGUCUUACAGCGAGUUAGUGUUUUCACACACACCAGCUAAAUUCUACAAAGAUAAUUAAAAUGCUUAUUUUAAAACUCCUUUAGGCACAUGCACAAUAUAAAAGUUCAUAUGAUUUGCACAUCUCAAUUCCUUAAAAUGCACUAGCAGGAACACUCCAAAUAUCAUAACCUCUAAAGCCCAGUGUAGUAGUUAUGGUACCAGGAGUCUAUUCAGUGUUACAAUAUUUUAGAGCAGUUUAACACUAAAUAAGGGUCAUUGACUACCCACAGUCCGUCCCCUUCUGGAUGUGUGGCUAAGGCAGAGAUUCCUUGUUGUCAUGCCUAUUCAUACCGUCAGUUGGAGCUCUGAUAGGCUAAAAGGGUCAGCUGACAGUCUCAGCCAAUCACAGUCGCUUAUUACUGCUCAAGCUAAUACUUUCUCAUUAGCCAAAGGCACACAAAGGAGAUGGGCUGCCAGGGACUGUCAUUUAGCAUGAAAACAUUAACAUUAACUGUUUAAUGCUGAAUGAAAUAACAGUACCAAGGAAUUCCAGACACUAUAAUCAGUUUAAUGAGAUGAAACUGAUACAAUGACUACAGUGUUCCUUUAUUAUUUAUUUAUAAAAUAUUUUACCAGGAAGAUACAUUGAGAUUUCUCUCGUUUUUAAGGAUCCUGGGUCCACGAAACAUUGCAUUGAUAUUUGCACAACUGAAGUUUUUUGUUUUUGUUUUUUUUAUAUGCACAUGUAAACUAGAGUAACACCUGUUGUGCCUGUACUUAAUUUAAAUACUCCAGUUUACAAGAAAAUGCACGAAGAUUCACGGGGUGACAGUACCCCUACAACAUGGAAAUGUAGUGUGUAGGUACAUUUUUACUAAUUUCUGCUCCCUUAUUUAACCCAAUAAAUGAUGCAAUAGCUUUUACUGAGGAGGGGAUAAAGUAUUAUCACAUCCAGAUACAAAUUAAAGCAUAUCACUUUGAUUGCAGUCCAAAACUCUGAAGGUACAUUUUGGUCAUACAUUGGCACAUUUUCACCCCCAGGAGAUCAGUGUACUGUCUGUGAGGGCAGACACAUGGUCACUUUGUUCUUUGCUGGCAGAAAGACUGACACCCAGCCGUAUGCACAUUCCUAUUGAUGUGAGUCUCUUGCCUUCUAUUUCCUGUAGCAAUCGGUAUCACGUGUUAUCUCCUGUCACCUGACUGCAGUGACAUCACAGGGCCUCUAGCUGGAUGGGAAGUAGCCGCUAUCAAUACUAUAAGGUAUAAACUCCUGUCUUCCCUGUGUAGUUCACUCUUGGCAAUGUCUUUUGCUCUGUAAUUUUGUGUAUAUUCCUGCGUUUAUGCCUUUCACAGGCUGGGUGUGUAUGUUUGCCAGUUUCAGAUUUUGUGUACAUCUACCAGUCUCUAGUUGUUUGCUUAUAUAUCUCAUCUCAGGCUGUAUGUGUAUAAAUGCCACUUUUAGACUAUGGAUGCUUUCUGUGUGUGUAUUUGUCUAGCUCAGUCUGUAUGUGUAUAUCUGUCUUAGGCUUUGUAUGCAGAUGUAUGUUCCAGGAGGUGUGGGUUUGUGUUGGUCUUGGUGUGUAUAAAUGUCUGACUUACCCUGGGCUGCUUGUAUAUAGGCUUGUCUCAAGUUGUGUGUGUAUAUACUGCUGUAAGUGUAUAUAUAAAAAGUGUAUAUGGCUUGUCUCAGGCUGUGUGUUUAAAAAUCUGACAGAUGCUGAGCGUGUUUAUGACAGUCUUGGGACUUGUGUAUAUAUGCUCGUCUCAAGCUAUGUGUGUUUAUGCAAGUCUUAGGCUUUGUGUGUCUAUGUCUCUCUCGGGCUAUGCAUGAUAAAGUGGCUACACAUUACUUACUUCUGUUGUUUGGAAACCUCUGAAAAACAAGCUUCGCAACUGACUAGAAUAUCCGAAUGCACUGUAGUUGGCGUUUAUAACUUUUAUCCUGAAGUAUGUAGUGUCUAAUUUUAUACUAACCCAACGCGAUUGUUGACUACAAAAUUAAUAAAAGGAAUGGAACAUUAUCUUUGAAGAAAGAUUAAGAAAUUUAAACCUCUUUAGUUCAGAAAACCAUAGCCUCAGAGGGGAUUAGAUAACAUUAUACAAAUAUAUCCGUGGCCAAUACAUUGUCUGGAAAUCUAUUCACAAACCGUAGUAUACAUAGGUAACAAGGUGAUGUGUUGAGCCUGGAAGAAAGAAGACUUGGUCUGAGGCUUAAAUUUGUGUGUAUGCCUCUGUUGGUGUGUGUUUUUAUGUCUCUCUUAGUGUGUGUGUCUGUAUGCCUCUGUCAGUGUGUGUUUGUGUUUGUCUGUUUAGGGCCCCCCUCCGAUCACAUGAGAGGUGUUUUUUACUCACCUUUUUUCCCACGCCGUGCCAGUUUUUCCGCGGAUUUGUUCUGCGUCCAUAGCUGAGAUAAUUAAUCUUUAUGAUCUCAGCUAAGCCUAUGCUUACGUAAAGGGAAGCAUUGGGAGGAUAUUGCGCAUGAUCUCUAUGGGUAAAAUUCAACGCCUCCAUGGAGAAGCUGAACAUAGGUGCUGCACACAGGACUCUCUAGUGGCCGUCUGAUUGACUGUCACUAGAGGGCUUACCAUAUAUACUCGAGUAUAAGCCAAGUUUUUCAGCACAUUUUUUUGUGCUGAAAAAGCCCCCCUCGGCUUAUACUCGAGUCAAGGUCUGUAUUGUGGCAACUUACAUUGCCAUAAUACAGACCUGGACCGCCGGGCUCAUUAUUGUUGGGGGCCGGGAGCAAGCUGUUACUUACCUGUGCAGCAGCUCCAUUCCCUGUGUAAAUCUCGUGGUCUGCGUGCCGCGCGGAGCGCGAGAUUUACACAGGGAGCGGAGCUGAGCUGAACGGAGGUGAACGGAGCUGCUGCACAGGUAACAGCUUGCUCCCGGCCCCCCUCCUGCACAGCCCAUGCCACUAGACCACCAGGGAUUGAGAUAGCCCCCCUCCCUGGUCAGACAACAAGCAGGGAGGGGGGACAAAAAAAAAAAAGAAACAAAUAAAUAUUAAAAUAAUAAAAUAUUAACAAUAUUAAAAUAAUGCAAUAUUAAAGUAAAAAAUGCACCUACCAGUUUACACACACUACACAAACACACACUCUGCAUUAUAUACACACACACUGUAUUCACACAAACACACACUCUGCGUUAUACAAACACACACACACACUCUGCAUUAUAUACACACUGCAUUAACACAAACACACUCUGCAUUAUAUACACACACUGCAUUCACACAAACACACACUCUGCAUUAUAUACACACACUGCAUUCACACACACACACUGUGCAUUAUAUACACACACUGCAUUCAUUAUAUACACACACUACACACAAACACACACUGCAUUCAUUAUAUACACACACUACACACAAACUGCAUUCAUUAUAUACACACACUACACACAAACACACACACUCUGCAUUGGGGAUCUAAUUUUAUUUGGAAAUUUACCAGUAGCUGCUGCAUUUCCCACCCUAGGCAUAUACGCGAGUCAAUACGUUUUCUCAGUUUUUUGUGGUAAAAUUAGGGGCCUCGGCUUAUAUUCAGGUCGGCUUAUACUCCAGUAUAUACGGUACUAGGCAGCAACGUAAACACUGCCUUUUCUCUGAAAAUGCAGCGUUUACACUGAAAAGACUACAGGAACAGGCUAUAGGUACAAGAACAACUACAUUAAUUUGUAGUGGUUCUGUUGACUAUAGUGUCACUUUAACAAUGGCAUAUUUCUUGUUGUAAAUUAAACUUUGCUAGUUGAAAAAAAAAAACUGUCUCCUAACUUUUUUAGCUGGCUCCUAGAUUCCAAACAAAUUUGUCAAGCCCACUGUAGCGGGACCUGGGUAACCCGGCUGGUUAUCCCCUUUCUUAAUAAUAGGUCAGACCCAUUUCCCCCAGUAACUGGACGGCACACAGUUCCAGGGUACAACUUUUGACAAUCUUUAUUUGGGCACACAGCUUUUUAUGCACAGACCCCAGGAGGGGGUCUCCAUCCAACACAACACAAUCCCAGGCAGAAGGGGGCUGGGUGACAGAUAACCAUCUCCCGUUCUGGGAGAUACUAACAGGACACAGGGACACACAUUACAUGGGGGGGGGUCUUUGGGGCUCGGCACCCCGGGACAGAAAGGGGAUACAGGGUUAAAACUUAUAUCGAUAAAUAGCCCCAGGUCCCACCUGGGAUCCCUGCAAAAAGUGGGGCGAUCGGAUGUACAGAGCCCGAGAUAUCAGCAUCCAAAGUCUGGGUCUCAAAGCUCUGUACAUCCCCGAAAUUAGUUCCAGGGAGUUGCUUGGUUUAGUCCGGCGAAUUCAAACUUCACGCCAAUCAGCACUCGGGAGGGGAAGGAGUUUCUCCGCCGAAUCUGACGAAAGGGUGCGAAACUCUAUUACUCCAAUCAGCGCCCAGACGCGAGAGGGGCUUCGCCGCCAUGCUCUGAUUGGUCUCAGGCGCCGCUUGUUCCCUUGCGGUCUGCGUUUUCACACCAUGCUAACAUUCUAACUAAACUUUCAGGGUGGUCUGGCGCAUGGGACUCUGUGCGCUGGAGCGCCCCUGUGUGGUUAAAAGGUAUUUUGCAGGAUUUAAGGGGAAAAUUACAAAGGGGGAGCACAUAUUCCAGGAGGGCAUAUCCACACGUAGAAAAAGGGCAAGUCACAGUUAGGCUGCGGUCCCGCCACAACCAGCCCAUAUUGUCGUUUAGUUUCUACAAUUGGUGCUCACCAGGGGUGUAUUUACCGCGAGGCUGACAAGGCAUUUGCCUGGGCGGCACUUUCUGGGGGGCAGCAAAAAAGCUGCUCCCAAUCGCCCUGGCAAAUGCCUUGCCAGCCUCUUGUCCUGGGGGGCCCAGGAGCUGGCCGGCUGGCGGUGAGGGAGCACUGAUCCUCUUGUUCAGCUCCCUCCCACACACCGCAGUGAUGCCGGAGCCGGAAUAUGACGUCACUCCGGCCCUAGCAUCACUACGCAGUGCGCGAGGGAGCUGAACAGGGGGAUCAGGGCUCCCUCGCCGACUGCAGUGAGCAGCCAGCCGCCCAGCAGCCCCACUGGACCCCAGGGAAAGCGAGAAUCCACCCAGCUCUUCCAAACGUAGGGAGGCUAGGGGGAUUGAUUUUUUUUUUUAUUUAUUUUUUUUAAAUGUGUGUUUGCGUCUGUUAGUGUGUGUGUCUUUUAGGGAGUGUGUUACUAUGUGUGUGUCUGUUAGUGUGUGUGUCAGAGAGUUAGUGUGUAUGUGUGUCUGUUAGUGAGUGUAUGCCUGUGAGUAUGUUAGUGAGUGUGUGUCUGUUAGUGUUUGUGGAUGUCUGUUAGUAAGUAUGUGUGUGUGUGUGUGUGUUAGUAUGUGCGUGCAUGUCUGUUAGUGAGUGUGUGUCUGUUAGUGAGUGUGUAUGAUGUCUGUUUGCUAGUGUAUGUGUGUCUGACACUGAGUGUAUAUGUCGGUCAGUGAGUGUGUAUGUGUAUUUAGAAGGUGGGGGGGUGCCUGAGUUUUGUCAUGCCAAGGGCAGCACAAAACCAGGAUACAUCACUGGCUCACAUACAAAAUGUAUAGUCUUACUGGAAUAAAUGUAAGGUUUGUAUCAAGACAAAAAGGGUUGUUCUUUGUGAUUUGAUAUAUAUCUUGCAGAAUUCAUGUUGAGAGAUUGAUUCAGUAAAGACACAUUUAACACUCUGCUUCUACAUAUUGCAGAGCAGUUUCUUGUUUUGUGAAUCUAACUUUCUUUUUAUUAAUUGUUUCAUUCAAUAAAUCUUUCAUUUUUAAAUAUGCAUUCUAAUUUAUUUCAACUAUGUAUGGGGAACAUAAUCUUCACUUGAUCCAGUUUUCUUAACAUGUGUAUGAGUUGUAUGUCUGUGUGUGUGAGUCAGUCUUUGUGCUUAUACAUAAAGGUCUGCAAGUGGUACCAUAGAAGAAUAAAAUAACUAUGUACCAAAGAUUUACAAGUUUGACAACAAAAUUAUAUUUGAACUUUAUUUUACUUAUGGUAUAAAAUAAAGAAAUCAAUGUAUUGAAAAUGGCCUGCUUUUAAUUAAAUGCAGAGCUUAUUUUUAUUCGCUGUAAGGCCCAGUCACAAAUCAUGCUUUUAAAUAAAAAGAUGCUGCUUCAGCCCCAUAUAUGUCAACUUCUUAUCCAAAAUAGACUCAAUUAGUCUACUGUAGUUUGGAAGACUGUUAAAAUCCUUUCUGCCUGGCAAGUUCCCUUCGAAAUAGCGCACUUCCUAUUUUAAAGGGACAUUAUAGUCACCAAAACAACUUUAGCUUAAUGAAGCAGUUUUGGUGUAUAGAACAUACCCCUGCAGCCUCACUGCUAAAUUCUCUGCCAUUUAGGAGUUAAAUCCCUUUGUUUGUGAACCCUAGUCACACCUCCCUGCAUGUGAUUUGCACAGCCUUCCUAAACACUUCCGGUAAAGAUUCAUCUAAAGUUCAUUCUUCCUUUAUUGCAAGUUCUGUUUAAUUUAGAUUUUCAUAUCCCCUGCUAUGUUAAUAGCUUGCUAGACCCUGCAAGAGCCUCCUGUAUGUGAUUUUAAAGUUCAAUUUACAGAGCAAGAGAUACAAUUGUUUAAGGUAAAUUACAUCCGAUUGAAAGUCAAACCACAUUUUUUUUCCACACAUGGCUGCAUAAGCCAUAAACAGAAACAAAAUGAUUUAACUCAUAAAUGGCAGUGAAUUGAGCAGUAAAACCUGAGAGGCAUGAUCUAUACACUAAAACUGCUUCAUUCAGCUGAAGUUGUUUAGGUGACUAUAGUGUCCCUUUAACCUUUGCCAAUGUUAUGCCUCUGAAUGUUGAUUAUUUUAAAAGAAGUCCGUAUUGUCCGUAUUGUAAGCUGUGCCAUCUUUUGCUAAACGUAAAGCUGUGUUACUGUUUCCUUAAUGUUGUAAAACUUUGCCCCUGAUGGCUGAAUUUUGUAAGUUCCACUAAUUGCUGAGUAUUGUUACACUUCAAUAAUUUAUGAAUAUUGUAAGAUGGUACAUCAUGAGCUGUGCCACUGUUUGGUGAGUCAUACAGGCUGUGUCACUGACAGCUGAAUAAGUAAGGCUUGAGCUAUUGUUUGCAGAAUUAUCUGUGCUAUUGUUUGGCAAAUAUUGUAAAACUAAUGACUGAAUAUUGUAAGCUGUGCCAUUGGAGACUGAAUAUUCCUAUGUUGUGCCACUGAUGGCUGUAAAAUUGCUGCUGUAUGUGGUAAGGAUGUGCUACAGUUUUCAGACCAUUGUAAGAUGUUCCACUGUUUGCUGAACAUUAUAAAACUGUGCCUCUGAUUAUUGAAUAUUGUUAGGUUUAUUGAACAGGGAGUCACAUCUCACUAGUUGUUGUGUAUUUGGGAUUAAGUGGGCAAAAUGCAAUUCAAUAAAUUGGUGUGGAGGUUUUUCUGAGAAAGAGGAGUAGUCAAAUUCCAGGGUUGGUCUAGUCUAGUGCCUCACUAUCUAAAGCAGGGGCAGGUAACCUGGUCCCUACCGCCCACUAGUGGGCGGUUCGGGAUUUCAGGUGGGCGGUGGUGGGUUCUGCAGAAAGCGCGCAGUGGGCCUCGAUAGCCAUGGACCAAGGCCGGCAGGGGAGAUCCUUUCAUCUCCCCUGCCGGCCCAUGCAGAACCAGCCUUGCUGUAAGCCCUCUUGGGCUGGUGAGGAGAUCAAAGAUCUCCCUCACCUGCCCACUGGCACUUAGUUCCAGCAAAGGGAGGGAAGAGCCUGGGAGGCUCUGUUUUCCUCCAGUGAGCAGGCUGGUCAGAGCUUUUCUGCACGUUACCAUGGCAACGCUCCAAUACAGUGCUGUGCUUGCAGGAGGAACUGCAGGCUAAAGUGAACAUGCCACCACUGGACCACCAGGACUUGCAGCAUUAUGGCCCCCCUUGUUAAAAAAAACGGUAAGAAGGAGGGAGUUGUAGACAUGAAAAGGAGGGAGUUGUAGAACAAUGACCCAAAACACACAGCCAAGACAACAAAGGAGUGACUCAAAUACUUUUUUCCCUCACUGUAUGUCUGUAUGUUUGUCUGUAUGAAUGUAUGUCUGUAUGCAGGGCCGGCCUGUCAGUUGGCCCCAGUGGGGCAGUGGCUCAGCAUUUUGCAACCCCUGUACCUUCAAGAAAUCUGGAGCAGGGCUCGGGCUGCCUAUUUGCACAUAUAUAUAGCAAGUAUCGCUAUAUAUAUGUGGUGUUCCGGGCCCUGCUGGUGUGUAUAGUGAAGAGGGAGCCCUGAGAGUAAUCUUACAAUCCCCAGCAGCAGCAGGUAUUCUUCCCUCGCAAGCCAAGCUAGCGUUACCACGAUUUGCCAUGGCAAAGCUCCGGCAUGCAUUGCGUGACGUGUGGAGCGUUGCCAUGGCAACUCUUGAUAACGCUCUCGUGGCUCAUGAGAGAAGAGUACUUGCUGCUGCUAGGGAUGUUAGAUCACUCUUAGGGUUCCCUCUUCACUGUCCUCCAGCUCCACUGGACCACCAUGGUAAGAGGCAGGGAGAGGGGAAUAAGUUAAAAUACACACUGCAUCCACUAUACACACAAACACUGUGCAUCCAUUAUACACACACAUGCAAUGCAAUACACACACAGUACACACACUGCAUCCACUACACACACUGCAUAACGGAUGUGAGCGUGUGGUGUGGUUUUGUUGGAGGGGGCAGCAUUCCAUGCUUGGACCCAGGCAGCACAAUGCCUUGGGCCGGACCUGUCUGUAUGCAUGGAUGUCUGUAUGUGUCUGUAUGUCCUUAUGCAUGUGUGUGUGUCUGUCUGUAUGUAUGUUAGUGUGUGUCUGUAUGUGUCAGUAUGUAUGCCUAUAUGUGUUUAUGUCUGUUAGUAUGUACUUGUAUGUAUCUAUGUCCUUUUGAAUCAGUACGUGUGUUUGUGUGCGUAUUCCUGUGGGCCCUGGGAGUAACACCUAUUGUUGCAGUCACUCAGAUGGCCUCUGGAGUGCAUCCUUGGUCAGUGCUGCACAGUGCGCAGCACCUACGCUUUGCGAAGCGGCACUGAACGUUCCACCUAGAGAUGUAUUAAUUCAAUGCAUCUCUAUGAGGAGAUUCUGAUUGGCGUAGCAUGGUGUUUUGCCACUUAUGUGCAAUAGUCUACAAAUGCUUUCCUAUGGGAAAGCAUUGGAUUGGCUGAGAUCAUCAAUAAUGAGUCAUGGAGUCAUGGCCAGCUGCAGUGAGACCAGCACAGCGUGGGGGAAAUAGGUGAUUAAAAAUCCCUUUCCCAUGUGAUUGGAGGGGGAACGGUCACCUAAAUACACACAUUCACUGACAGACACACACGCACUCACUGACCGAUACACACACACAUGCAUUCACUGACACUCACUGACAGACACACACAAGCACUGUCUGAUAGACACAUACACUCACUGAUACACACUCAAUGACAGACACACACACACACACUGAUAGACAAACCCACAUGCUGCCUUAAUCCUCCAGCCUCCUGCCCAUGCGCACCGCCACACUUUCCCUCAGGAGGCCGACAGCACGCCCAUGCUCUUUCUGAGCUUGCCGGCUGAUCACCCACAUGCACACCCAUGCUCUUUAUGAGCCAGCUGACCACCUGCACGCACGCCCAUGCUCUUUAUGAGCUGACUGCCCGCCUCCACUCAUAGGCAGCCAACCUCGGGGCUGAAUGGGCCAGCUGUCACGGUUCUCACCUGAUAGACAGACGGCAAGACGUGGUCGCUCUUGGAGUUCCCAACAGGGGACUUGAACCGGGGAUCUUCUCAGUCCUGGUCCUGCUUUCUACCUCUGAGCCACAGCAGCUAUUUACAGUGAAGACUGAUUCCAGUCCUGUUCAUCCUGACAUGGCUACUACUCUGGGGGCUGCACCUUGACUUGGCUGUGUUUCACCUGACUCUGAUCAGUCAUCAGCAGGGUAUUUAAACCCAGCCUCGCCCUGUGCUCAGUGUCAAGUCUUUGAUCCUGUUUGUUCUAGUUUUCCUGUUUUAUCGCUUCGCAUUAUUGACCCCGGCUUCCUGACUCGUUUAUUCUGACUUCUGGCAUCCCUUGACUUCGGCUACUCCUCGUUGUUCCUGUCCUCUGGCAUCCUUUGACCUCGGCUAUCCCUCGACCAUCCUGCUGGUUCAGUCCUUGCCUGUCCUGCGUAUUGGUACUGCAUCCUGCACAGCCCCCGUGCACAGACCCACAGGCCAGGUGAAUUCUUACCUGACCACCUCGGCCUGUGGCUAUCUGCAAGGGUGAGCAUCAUAUCUGCGCUACAGACUCCCAACUCAGGUAAGACCCUGACAUAAGACUUGACCAUUAUGGAGUCCGCAGAGAUGUGCUCACCCUCGACCCAGCGUGUGUCCAGCCUGGCCCAGACUGUUUCGGAGCUGCAGCAAGAAAUUUUAUUCCUUAAAGGCGCAGUACAUCCAGCCCCGGAACCAGCUUUUCCUGAACCGUUUGUCAUCAUGCCCGACCGAUUUGAUGGUAGCCGCACAUCCUUUCAGUCUUUCAAGAUGGAUUGUGAGGUGUUGUUUUCUUUAAAGCCUCGAACAUAUGCCACAGAUUUUAUCAAGGUCCGAGCGGCUAUCAACCUGUUGUCUGGACGCAUCAAAGUUUGGGCUCACCAAAUGUUGCAGACGAAGAGUCCUGUCCUGGUCAGCUGGGAAUCCUUUAGUACUGCUAUGGACUCACAAUGUAAGACCACUGUGGCCAAGUCAGCUCCACGUACUAAAAAAUCUCAGAUUCUUCCUAACCAAGUAACCGAGUACCACCACUACGCCCCAGAGAUGCCUCCUUAUGUUCCAGCUUCCAGGAAAUCUCCAGAGGUAUCCGGUGUUCCACUUGACCCUGUGGAACCUAUGCAAUUAGGACUCGUCCACUGCAAAGUGACACCUAAGGAAAGAGACCGAAGGAGAAGCUAUGGCCUGUGUUACUACUGUGGAGAAAAAGGGCAUUUCAUCACGCUUUGUCCUGUUCGCCCUCCUAGACCUCCAGUUCUCCGACUUGGUACUAGUUUCCUUCGCCCUGUGUACACCGCAUACCAGCCUAAAAAGCCAAAUAGAAGCCGUUGUGCUUGCACAUGCUUGGCCUCCGCGAGAAAACCUCCAUCCCCUGCUCCAGAGCCUCCUGCAUCUACUCCCGAAGUUGCUUCCUGUGAUACCACCACUACUUCCUGCCCGCCCGAAGAGGUUUUACCUGUGGAUUGUGCCGUUGCUUCUAAUGGCACUAUAGUCCGUAAAGAAAACCUUGAAAUGUUCGAAAAAGCAUUGUUAGCUGCGAACACUGCUCCUGCCAAAGUUUUGGAAGUGCUUGCCACCUGUACCCGGAACCUAAAAGACCUGGACAAUUCUCCAGCCGUACCAGAAGCUGGUACUGCGGACUCCCAAGCUGUAAAGGGAAUCCUUGCUGGUGAGUUUGACUAUGGGGACUCACUGGAUUCAGAUAGUGACCCUGGAGAGGUGUACUAUGCUGACAAUGAACCCAUUCACGCCCGGAGGUCGUUUUUAAAGGGGGGGGUACUGUCACGGUUCUCACCUGAUAGACAGACGGCAAGACGUGGUCGCUCUUGGAGUUCCCAACAGGGGACUUGAACCGGGGAUCUUCUCAGUCCUGGUCCUGCUUUCUACCUCUGAGCCACAGCAGCUAUUUACAGUGAAGACUGAUUCCAGUCCUGUUCAUCCUGACAUGGCUACUACUCUGGGGGCUGCACCUUGACUUGGCUGUGUUUCACCUGACUCUGAUCAGUCAUCAGCAGGGUAUUUAAACCCAGCCUCGCCCUGUGCUCAGUGUCAAGUCUUUGAUCCUGUUUGUUCUAGUGUUCCUGUUUCAUCGCUUCGCAUUAUUGACCCCGGCUUCCUGACUCGUUUAUUCUGACUUCUGGCAUCCCUUGACUUCGGCUACUCCUCGUUGUUCCUGUCCUCUGGCAUCCUUUGACCUCGGCUAUCCCUCGACCAUCCUGCUGGUUCAGUCCUUGCCUGUCCUGCGUAUUGGUACUGCAUCCUGCACAGCCCCCGUGCACAGACCCACAGGCCAGGUGAAUUCUUACCUGACCACCUCGGCCUGUGGCUAUCUGCAAGGGUGAGCAUCAUAUCUGCGCUACAGACUCCCAACUCAGGUAAGACCCUGACACCAGCAAAUCCCGGGCGCCAAGACAAAAAUCCUAGUCGCCAUGACGACCUGGCACCUGGGAUUUGUCUAAGCACCAUGACCUUUGAUUUGUGGUCACGGUGCUUGUCUACAUGUGCAGUGUUUCAUAAAACUGUACAUAAAGAGUUUAAGAUCUCUGUUGAUGGUGGUGUAAUUCCACCUCUGACAUGAUCUUCGAGGUGUCAUUAGCCCAGGGCUAAACAAAUCCCAGGUCGCCAGAGGCGGCUCUCCGAUUAGGCGGUUACCACCCCUCACACAGUGUCCACCCCACACACAGUAUAACCCCCUCACACACACUGUCAUGUCACCCACAACACUGUUGUGUCACCAUACUCCCACACACUGUCAGCCUCCCCAGACACACUGUUAGCAUCCCCACACAUUGUCACCCCUCCCUACACUUUUGUCACCCCCCUCCCACACUGUCAGCCUCUUCGUGCAUCCACACUCACAUUAUCCACUCCUAAUCCUGUUAAUCUCACCCCCUCCAAACUCGCCUGCUCUCACUCUUCAACACUCACCCUAUUACAUUAACCCUCCUUAAUCCUGUCACAAUCGUCCCUCCUACCAUGCCACAGUUGCCCUGACACACUUACCUCUACUCGCCCUGUCACACUCCCUCAUCAAACCAUGUCAUACUCCCUCUCCCUCAUUCUCUCUCACAAUCCCCCACCACACUGUCCCAUUUACUUCCUUCGUCCUGUCACGCUCUCCCUGCCACUGGUACCCCUUUACUCUCUUUGUCACAGUCACCAGCUGAAGACAUUCAUCAUACACACACAGUCAGGAAAGAUAGCUUUGCCAUAAACACAAUGCACAAAGGCCACAGGCAGACCCCCAUACACACAACACACUUCAAGCAGCUACCACAUACACAUACGGUCCCAGACAAAAAGGCAAACAUGCUCACAGAGACAUACAUUCACACACACAAGGAUACUCUCUGUCAGACACACACACUCAGGCACAUACACAGGUAGACAGUGCAUCAGUGUGUAUAUGUGUGCAUGUAUUGCAACUCUAUUUUUUUCACUUUGGUGUUAGUGGGGCCUCAUGUUUGAGUUUUGCCUAAGGCCUCAUAAGGUCUAGAGCCGCCUCUGCAGGUCGCCAUGGCGAUUAGGAAUUUUUUCCAUGGGUGUUUGUCAGACUGUUCAGUGCCCAAGGUAGCUGGCUGAGGAAGAAUGAAGAUGAGUGGCUGACCAGAGGAGAGGAGAGUUGGGACGGGCGGUGAGGGAGUGCUGAUUGUCUGUGCUCUUCCAGCACUACUCCCUCUCGCAUCGGAAUAUGAUGUAACUCCGGCAUCACUAAACAGCAUGUGAAGAAGCAGAGCAAGAUGAACAGGAAGGAAACCGCAACACUACUGGACUGCCUGAAAAGGCAGCGUUUACAUUGAAAUGCCUGCAGUGACAGCCUAUAGACACCAGAACCACUACAUUAAGCUGUAGCGGUUCUGGUGACCAUAGUGUCCAUGAGUAAGUGUUAACAAGUCUAUCUGUUUUUUUAUAAUCUGCUUCCUUAGAUGUCUGAUAGAGAAAGGAAAAUGUUUUGUUUACUUUUUAUAAAAUGUGCUUAAUUUGAAUGGCUGGCAUUAUCCACUCUUUAUAUAAUUUUUUCAUUCUAGUAUCUUUUGAUAUAAUGGCAUUCAUGAAUAGCUCAGACAGCGAGGAGGAAGAAGAUUGCAAUGAGAGGACAUCAUUAAUAGCAUCACAUAGCCCCCCACUUCCAUCUUACCAGGAUGGAGUACUUUUACCUCCAGGAGCUCAGCCUACCGAUUGCCAGGUAACUCAUAUCAGUUUCAUUAAUAUAAGUUACUUAGAUCUUGUCUAGCUCCUUCCCACAAUAAGUUCAAGAUUGGAUUUUGUCCACAGAUUCUCACUAUAGAUCUUAAUGAAUCUCCCUAGAUAAAAUGAGGAUACUUUGAGGUUUAAUGACCUAUGUGUAAUUAAGAAAUAUAUUUAAGUUUUGAGAACAGCGAUUCUGUCAAAUAUGGUCAUUGUUAUUUAUUAAAGUGUUAGGCAGUCAAACUGAAUUUAAAGUGAAUUUUGAAUCUAAUUAUAGAGAUAUAGAGAGGCUAGUUCUAUAUAACAGGAAACCAGCAUUAAAGGAACACUAUAGUCACUAGAACAACUACAGCUUAAUGUAGUUGUUCUGGUAAGUAUAGUCAGUCCCUGCAGGCCUCUUCAUGGAGACACUGAACUUUCCUCAUAGAAAUGCACUUAUUUAUCUCUAGAUGAAUCAGAGAUGCUGACUGGCCAAGGAGGCGUUUGGCUCCAUCCCCCUCGGCCUGUCUCCUUAGUUCCGAUCAUCACUUCUGAUGAUGUCAGCCAAGGAGGCAGAUCAGGGGCAGAGCCAGCACCAGCAGACUUGAAUUAAUGUAAGAUUACUAUAUGUAGGGGGGGCUGAAAUAAUGUUUUUAACACUAUAGUGUAAGGAAUACAUGUUUGUUCCUGACCCUAUAGUGUUCCUUUAACAACUUUAGGAACUCUGGCUCUUUGUGAUAUUCAGGGGCCUUUCUAUAGAUAUAUACUUAAAUCUUCAAGUUUGACUCCCAGGUGUCACACUUUCACGGUUACAGUGCCUCAGUGAGAUCUAAGUCACCCUCUCCCUCUUUCCCAAUGUUGUUUUUCUCCUUUUAUGAGUUAUCAGUCUGAUUUAAAAAUAAUCGGAAUAUACAUGGUUUCUAUGAGUAUCUAGACAUAUGGACCUUAAGUGUUAUUAACAGACAGUACUGAGCUGCAAGCAAAGUGUAUUCUGACAAGUGGGAGUCAAACAGAAUUUGCACAUUAAUAAUAAUUUCAGCAAGCCUUCUAAUGGUUCUGUAAGUCUAGGAUCCAAGGUGACUAUAAUUGCCUUUAUUUCUGUAAAUAAUCUGACAGCAUCAUUUAAUAAAAACAACGGUUCUUGAAGAAAAUAUGCGGACAAUCGCAGUUUCUCCAGUGGCAGAUGACCACCAUUAGGUCACAUUUAAAGCCUAUUUUAUAGUAUCAUCAUCAUCAUUAUUAAUUUAAUUUUCUAACAUUAUUGUGACUAAUUUGUAUUUAUAAAAGAGAUAUCCACAUAAUGGUAUUACAGGCUAGCAAGACACAAAAAAAUAAUACAGAUUUUCUGACAGAUAAAAUCACUAAUUUGUGAAUUGUUGGGUAUUAAAUAUUUAAGGUUAAAAGAGCUGAAGUAAAAAACCUCCACCUUGUGUUUGUGACUUAGUGGCUACUAAAAAAGACUAAACAUACCUCACUUUCAAUACCUUGAGUUGUCUACUUUUUCAAAUGGUAUGCCAUUAUGAGGGUAAUUCUCAUUCCUGGGCUACCACACCGUCUCAACGGUAACAUUACUAAUCUGGCAAAUUUCAAUUUGAAAAUGGAACGUUCUAUAUUUGACCCUGUAACUUUCCAAAACACCAUAAAACAUGUUAAUGGGGGGUACUGUUGUACUCGUGAGUCAUCACUUAUUACAAAUAUGUGCAAUUUUUUUGCAGUAAAACCUAACUGUUUUAUGACAUUCACAGCUAAAAUGUCAGACGGAAAUACAAAUUUAAAAACAAAAUCUUAUUUUCUCACAUUUUAUUAAAUUUUAUUCAUAAUAAAUUAUGUUCCAUAUAUGAAUAGUUAAUGAUAAAUUAAAGCCAUGUUUCUCCUGAACAAAAUGAUAUAUGAUAAGUGUGGGUGCACUUAAUGUGACAGCGGUGAAUUAUGGUUGAACAGACAUAUAGCGCAAAUUCCAGUUUGUGUUCACGUUCUAAUCAAAACAAAACGUACACUAUUGACUACAUAUUCUUUACACAAACAGCCUAACGAUGCACAGGAGGCUAGCAGUAUAUCUAAUGGAGAAACAUCAGGUGCUGGAGCAUCUGUCAGUGAAGCACCAAUGGACGGGGAAGAAGAAGAGCUGACCCUAAAAUAUGGAGCCCGACACGUUAUUAUGCUGUUUGUUCCAGUCACACUCUGCAUGGUUGUUGUUGUCGCAACAAUAAAAUCUGUCAGCUUCUACACUGAAAAAAAUGGGCAGUUGUGAGUAACUUUUUAAUUUAAUGCUGUAAGAUUCUUUAAGAAACAUAAUCAGAAAAGUCUGCAUUUAAAUGUUCAUAAUAUUUAAAAUUGUUGCCUAAGGAUUGUUAUUUAUAAAUAAUCCCCAAUAUACUAACUAGAGUAUGGAUCUUUACGAUUUCAUCGGGGCAUCCUGGAUAGUUGCAGCUGAAUAGAGUGAAUUCAAUUAAUAAUUUUUGUUGAAUUGCAAAUAAGUUUGCGAAAUUUAGAAAAAAACAUAGCAGAGUUGGAGAAAUUGUCCUAUUCAGCUUUUUUUUCCCCUUGACUAUUUUACCCUAGUUUUUAAUUUAUUUAUUUUUAUUUUUUAAAAUUAAUAAUUUUACAAUUCACUAUAAACCGUGAAAAGCGAGAAAGAUAUAUUAACGCUUCUAAGAAGAAGAAAAAACACUGGAAGGUUUUUAUUGAUGUUAUAAAAUCUAGCUUCUUUUAUUUAGUGCAAAAUGCAAUAGUUUUGGGUAAUAUGUUCACAUUCGUGUCCAGUGAAGGAUUUAUUUGCCAAGUAAGACUAAAAGUAAUGCCAAACUGUCAGCGUAAACAUUGGGGAUUAUUAUUUACCAGACAAUGAUUUCUAAUACCAGCUGAAUUAAAUUGAAGGUUUAAGUUAAAAAACAAACAACUCUUCUAAAGAUAUUUACUGAAAUACGAAUUCAACGUGAAUUUCAAAUUUAAGGCUAGACUGGUGGAAAUUAAAGUUUAGAGGACUUUUCCAGUUUUGACUGUAAAUUUGAACUUCACUUUGAUAUGUCAACGCUCAAUACUUUGAACCACGUCUGACGUAAACAUUUAAGCCCAAAGCCUUGUAAUCUGGUUGUCUGAUCACUGCGUUUUAUAGUUAUCCUAAAUUGCUCUCAGAGCAAACGGGAUCAAUCAAUCUUCUUGAGUUCAGUAAUUUGUUUAUGCUGAGAUACUGAUUCCAGCUUUGCAGGAAGCUGGUAGUGCCAGCCAAGCUCCACUGAAAACCUACCCCCUCUAGUUUAUUAGGAAUGCAGUUUAGCAAGAAUAGGGACUUUGCUGAUUUAAUACAGGUUUAUAAUCUAAUUAUUUCCCUUGUAGAUUCUAUAUAUUUAUUUCUUGAUCACUAGCUAAAAAGUUGGAGAGGAUUACAUUUACACCAAAUGUGCAUAAAGUUUGCGGAUCUGUAUGCUUAAAUCUUGUUUUCAUUUUUAUAAUAAUGGGAGCUAAAACUUUUGUGGUUUAUCUCUAUUUAAUUUGUACUUAUAGAGGUAAAUGUCUUUAAUUUGUGCCAUGUCAAUAAAUACCCCAUCUCUAUAAUUUUAUCAGAUGGUUCUAGAACUAAACAAUUUUGUAAGUAGAGCUUUAAUGUUAAACCUCACUGCAUGGUAAUCCAGUUUCUAUCUAUUUCUAAUUAUUACACCAAAAAUUAUGACACUGUCACUUUCCAAUGUGUUUGAAUAUCAGACUUGUCCCACUCCACAAAUGAAAUGCCAGGCAAGUCUGUUGAUCAUAUUCCUUAUGAGUGACACCUCUAGGCACAGUGUGCAACGAGUCUGGAUUGACCUUUGGCUUAGUGAGAUUUUAAAAAUAGUCAAAUAAUUAAUGUAAGAAACAAACUUUGAAUGGACAAAAUCUAUUUAGAGUGUCAUUCAGGUUUAGAACCAAUCACUUUUGCCAUUAUAGUACAAAUCUAUACCUUCUGCAGCUUCACCGAAAUGGCAAACAGGCCCUUUCUGUAUGAAGCUGCAACAACAGACCUUGUAUUUGUGCUUAUAUGUCUGGUUCUGUUGCAAAGGAUCCAUGUUAAGAUUGCCUUGCAUAUUUUAAUCUUAUGUUCGUGAAUUUUAGGAUCUACACACCUUUUUCUGAAGAUACCACAUCAGUUGGCCAACGACUUCUCAACUCUGUAUUAAAUACAAUUAUCAUGAUCAGUGUCAUACUUGUGAUGACAAUAUUCCUUGUUUUGUUAUACAAGUACCGAUGCUACAAGGUAAGAUGGCAGAGGACAUUAGAGAAUUAUCCACCUAAAUAUGAAGAACAAAAAAGAUUUGAUAUAAUGUUUUUUAAUUGAUUGCAUUUUGUUCUGAAGAUUUGUAGCAUGCUUAUAUAAAUUUACAUAAAGCAGAAAUCAAACUGUAAUAUUUUGUGAAGGAUAAUGUUUCACUUACAUUGUUACAAAGGUGGACUUGGUAUAACUUUUUUUACUGCAUUUCCUGGAUCUUUCUGGAUCUGGAUGUAUGGACCAAGACAUAUGAGCUGCGCAUCAGUCAAGUGCAAUUUUCCCUUAUAUAAUUAUAAAAUCUACCUUUAGAAGUGCAUGCAGCAUGUACAAGGCAGGCAUGGUCAUUUUGGUGAGCUAGUAAAAUACCUAAGGAACAUGUGGCAGGAAGUGCUGUCAACUCUAGCAAAAUCUUUUUUUUUUAAUCUUUUUUUUUGUUUUGUUAUCUGGCUUGUGACAGUGAGCUGCGUGUUCCAUCUUCCUCUCCCUACUCCAGCUCCAUCUUCCAGCUCCCUCUCUCCAUCUUCCUCCCUCUCUACUAACCAGCUCCAUUUUCUUCUCAUCUCUUCAGCUCCAUCUCUCUCUUGCUCUCUCUCUCUACACAGCUCCAUCUUCUUCCCUAUUUCCCCACCAGCUCCAUCUUUAUCCCUCUCUCCCCACCAGGCCAACCUUCCUCCUUCUCUCCCCUCCAGUUCAUAGUUACAUAGCUGAAAAGAGACAUGCGUCCAUCAAGUUCAGCCUUUCUGAAGUUCCAUCUUCCUCUGCUCCUCCAGCUCCCUCUCCAACUCCUUCCCCCUCUCUCUCUUCAUCUCCUUCACUUUCUACCCACCAACUUCAUCUUUCUCUCCCCCCUUGACCUCCAUCUUCCUCUUUACCUUCAGCACUAUCUCCCCCUCUGUCCUUACUACUAGUAUUACUGAUUUUAAUGACCAUUUUGUUAUUACAUUAUGCUUUUAAUUUUAAAAUGUGUUUUUGUUCUUUUCAGUUUAUUCAUGGAUGGUUGAUUCUGUCAUCGUUAAUGCUGCUUUUCAUGUUCACAUAUAUAUAUCUUGGGUAAGUGUAUUUCAACUAUAUUUGUUAUUGCUAACCCCUUCCCCUGCUAAUUUUAAUGCCUCUCUGUUACUUUAGAGAGUGUUUGCACAUAAAGCAAGUGCUAUAACAUGCUGCAGAACCAUAUGCACACAUCAUAACCAAACGAAACUGAAAUAAUUUUUUAAUCCUAGAUACAACCGCUCUAAAACUUAUGAGAAUAUAAUGUUAAAAUACUAACCCUUACCUAUAAAGCUCUAAACAACUCUAGCCCCUGUUAUAUUUCUUCACUGAUUUGUAGGUACACCCCUUCUCGGUUUGUCCGCUAUACAGGUGGUCCUCACUUUACAACCUACCUGUUUUACGAUGGCUUACACUUACAACCAGCUCUCUAGUGUGGGGAUUAGUGAUGUCCCGAACGGUUCGCCGAACUGUUCGCCACGAAUGGUUCGCCACGGACUCAUCAUUGAGUAAACUUUGACCCUGUACCUCACAGUCAGCAGACACAUUCCAGCCAAUCAGAAGCAGACCCUCCCUCCCAGACCCUCCCACCUCCUGGACAGCUCACUAAGAAUGCAGCUUCAAAAUGGAUGCUGUCCAGGAGGUGGGAUGGGAGGGAGGGUCUGCUGCUGAUUGGCUGGAAUGUGUCUGCUGACUGUGAGGUACAGGGUCAAAGUUUACUCAAUGAUGAGUCCGCGGCGAACCGUUCGGGACAUCACUAGUGGGGAUUCAAGGGAUACCCCACUUUAGAGAGCUGGUCUAUGUUCGGGGAAUUUUCUCCGAACAUUGAAGGAUUUUCUGCUCUGGUGCGUAUGUCUAUGUUUGAGGAAAUUUCCUUGAUCAUAGAAAAACACACCAGAGCAGGGAAUCCAUCUAAUAUAUAUUCGGGAAACGUUCCCUGAACAUAGAUUUAAGGGAUUCCCUGCUCUGCUGCGCUUGUCUAUGUUUAAGGAAAUUUCCCCGAACAUAGACCUGCACUGGUGCGCAUGCUCUCUAGGGCAUCCUCACUUACAACCAAUUAAUUUUACAACCGAGUCGUAAGAAAGGAACCCGGUCGGUAAGUGAGGAGUGUCUACUGGUGACAUUCUCCUGUCUGCUACUUACACCCUUAUUGCUAAUUCGCGCUUGCAGGACUUCUCACAGACGGCUCCCUUCCUUUCGAACAGCCUGCCUACCUCCAUCAGACUCUUCCCUUGUCUUCAAUCAUUUAAGAAGUCCCUCAAAACCCAUCUGUUCAGAAAUACUUAUGGCCUCGCAGAGUAACUUAUAUUUUAAAAACCUGUCUCUUGUUCUCUUCUAAAGGGCUACACUACACUCGUAUCUCCAGUUCUGUUACUUCCCACCUUGAAAUGCCCUAUUGUGUUUUUAUACCCGUCUCCUCUAGACUCUAAGCACAUUUGAGUAGAGUCCUCAUCAACCUAUUGUUCCUGUAACAUUUUAUAAGUCUCUCAUUUAUUCUUAAUCUCCCCCUUUUUAUAAUAUUGUAAAGAGCUGUGGAAUAAGUUGGCACUAUAUAAAUACCAAUGAUAUUAAGAAAAAUAAUGAUUAUAUAUAUAUAGAAUAAUAAUGUGUGUGUGUGUAUAUGUAUGUAUGAAUGUAAACAAAAGCACUUUUGUUUUUGCCCCAUUUUUCUUGAGCUGAACUCAAAGAUCUAAGAUGUUUUCUAUGUACACAAUAGGCCUAUUUCUCACAAAUAUUGUUCACAAAUCUGUCUAAAUCUGUGUUACUGAGUACUUCUCCUUUGCCAAGACACCUCACAGGUGUGGCAUAUCAAUAUGCUGCUUAGACAGCAUGAUUAUUGCACAGGUGUGCCUUAGGCUGGCCACAAUAAAAGGCCACUCUAAAAUGUGCAGUUUUAUCACAAGUGUUGCGUUUAUCAUUUUCUUCAGUGUAUGUAUAUAAAUUAUAAAAGUGUGUGUGUAUGUAUAUGUAUACAUAUAUAGAGAGAGAGAGAGAGAGAAAAAGAAAGAAAAGCACUGUAGCGUCAUCAUGUCUUUAAAGUGCUUGUACUGCCUGGAAUAUCAAACCGUGUUUAACGUUGACUGAGAAUCCCUGUUUUAGACUGAAAUUAAACUCUGCCUUAGCCAUACCAAUUCAUACAAGUAAAUGGUAAAUUUAUUGUAACCUGUGGGAACACAGCUGAUGCUCACAGCCAAUCAUCACUUCUUAGGCUAAUGUGAAAUAAUUAGUCUAAUCAUCAAAGAAGGAAAAAACGGUUUUAACAUUAAACCCUGAAAUGGUACCAGAGAACUUUACACACUAUAACCAUGUCAAUGAGAAAAGUGUUUAUAGUGCCCCUGUAAUAGGGUCAUAACCAGUUAAAUAGCAUUAUGGAUUUACAAUAGUUUUGCCAUGGACUGCAUGGAUUAGAAACAAUCUGUUGAAAUAACUAUGUAUCCAAACCCAUGCUUUGAUACAAAAGCUGUGUAUAAAGAUGGAGAGUGUUGUGUACUGCAGAAAUAUGAACUAAUCUUAUUCAAAGUUACACACACUGUCUAUUGUAUUUCCUAUGUGAAUGCUGCAUAGCAUUCUGAGUGUAUGGGGAAACAUAUUCUCUACAUUGUGCUACUAGUUUAUAUAUAUAUAUGUGUCUGCCUUUAAUCUUAUUCUCUUGAUUUCAUUUUUUUUUCAUGACAGUGAAGUUUUCAAGACAUACAAUGUAGCAAUGGAUUAUCCAACUCUAAUCAUGGUAAUAUGGAAUUUUGGGGCAGUUGGAAUGAUCUGCAUUCAUUGGAAAGGUCCCCUCCAGCUCCAGCAAGCAUAUCUUAUAAUGAUUAGUGCACUUAUGGCUCUCGUCUUCAUCAAGUAUCUUCCAGAAUGGUCAGCGUGGGUAAUACUUGGAGCCAUCUCCAUCUAUGGUAUUUACAUACUUACAUCCAUAGCCUUUCGUUCCGAUAUACAGUGGAACCUCGGAACUCAAACUUAAUCCGUUCAAAAGGCUGUUUGAAAACCGAAUCAAAAUUUUCCAUAAGAAUUAAUGUAAAUUAGAUUAAUCUGUUCCAGACCCCCAAAAUUGCAGCUUUUAACACAAAUUGUACAGUUUAAUAAUACCUUACAUGCAUCAAAUCAUACAGAAACACAAUAAACACAUUGUAAAUGAAAUGAAAAUGUAACUUCACUUUACCUGUUAUCUCUGUUUGCUGACAGAAUUGAGCUGUUUGCUGACAGAAUGGAGCUCUGUUCCGCUUUGUCUAGUGCCAGAAGGCCGAUGCAUCAUACCAAAGCGGUACCAACGAGGUUAACAAGUGUGAUUUUGUUCGGGUACAUUUUUUUUUUUCUUUCAAAUUUUAUGUGUGAAUACCGAAUUGUUCGAGUAUGGGAGCGUUCCAGUUCCAAGGUUCCACUGUAGUUUGUCUAGCCUUAUAAAUUACAGGCAAAUUACAUAAUACAACAAAAAGUAAAGAAAUAUGCAAAAAAUGCAAAGGUCAAUCAUGUUUAAAUAUCUGCUUUGUGAAAGAUAAAUGUUAUUUGAAGCAAUUAAAUAAUUCAGUUAUAGUUCCAGUAUUUUUGUAAUUUAUUUUCAACUUUUACUUUAAAAAUGUCCUUACCUGAAUUAUAUUCAGUGCCUAACUUGCUAGAGGCUCGGUGGGCAAUCUUGGAAUUCUGGAAUUCUCUAACUUAAAGGUACAUUAUAGUCACUAGAACAACUACAGCUUAAAGGGACACAAUAGUCACCCAGACCACUUCAGCUCAGUGAAGUGGUAUGGGUGCCAGGUCCCUCAGGUUUUAACCCUUCACAUGUAAACAUAACAGUUUCAGAGAAACUGCUAUGUUUACAUUUGGGAUUAAUCCAGCCACUAGUGGCUGUCUUCCGUACACUUUGAAUGCGCGCGCGGCACUUGCUCUAGUGACGUUGGACGAGGGAGCUGACGUCGGACGGGGAGGAUACCAUCUCUGGCCACUUCUCACAUGGCUACUAGAGGUGCUUCCUGCGGCAGUGCUGGACAGUGUGCAGCACUGCCAUUCGGCGUCUUCACCCUCUGCAUGGAGACACUGAACUUUCCUCAUAGAGAUUCAUUAAUUCAAUACAUCUCUCUGAGGAGAUGCUGAUUGACCAGGGCUGUGUUUGGCUUGUUCUGGCUCUGUCCCUGAUCUGCCUCCUUGACAGUCUCAGUAAAUCCAAUGCUUUCCUAUGUUACAGGAUUGUGAUAGGCUUUGAUCAACACUUCUGAUGAUGUCAGCCAAGUAGGAAAAUCAGGGGCAGAGCCAGCAGCAGCAAACUGGAAUAAAAGUAAAUUUUUUUUACUAUAUUUAGGGGAGGGCAGGGGGCUAUAUGGUGUUGUUAUAACUAUAGGGUCAGGAAUAUAUGUUUGUGUUUCUGAGCCUAUAGUGUUCUUUUAAUGGAAUCUGGAGCUUCUGUCAGUCUUACAAGAUGGAGAGAAGUAGAUAUUAUGUAUGGUAUGCUUAAUGUUGCUGAUCUUUAAUCUAAUGAAGGAGGUAUUUCACAUUAUUCAUGUUAUAUGUUCUGGACACAUCAAAAUAUUACAUUAAAUAGGGUUUUGUGAGGUUAUUUAUUUUUACUUUGCCUUGUAUCAUAUAGUUAAAGGGACACUCCAGGCACCCAGACCAUUUCUGCCCAUUGGAGUGGUCUGGGUGCCAACUCCCACUACUUUUUUUAUAAACUGCAAUAAUUACCUUGCAGGGUUAACUCCACCUCUAGUGGCUGUCUAGUAGACAGCCACUAGAGGGCACUUCCUGCAUCUUAGCACAGGAAACCUGUGCUAGAGCGUCGCUGGACCUCCAGCGUCGCUCAAUAGCCCACAGGAAAGCAUUGAAAAGCAUUUUCAAUGCUUUCCUAUGGGGAGCUCUAAUGCAAUGCCGCGCAUGCGCGUUAGGUCUCUCCGGCCGGUGGGCGGGAUCAAUCUCGCCCACCGGCCGACGUAAUACAGAGGAGGAGCGGCGGCGGAGGAAGAAGCAGCGACAUGGGACAUGUCGCUGCCUCUGGUAAGUUACUGAAGGUGUUUUCACCCCUUCAGCAACCGGGUAUUGGGGGGUGGGAGGGAGAGGGGACCUGCAGUGCCGUGAAAACGGAUUGUUUUCCUGGCACUGGAGUUUCCCUUUAACAAUUUCUGUACAUAAAAAAUAUGAAUAUAUGCAGGAUAAAAAAAUGUUAACAGGCAUUAUGUAAUUAUGUCAUAAAAUAUGUGAAUACUGAGAAAAUGCUUAGUAGCCUUACAGAGCUUAGUGUCCAUCAUAUACAUUAUAUUGUAAAUUUGUUUAUUUGCAAUUGUUUAUUAUGACCAUCUAUCUUAGCUAGCAGGCAUAAGCCUUCCACAUUUGGUAUCAUAAUGACAUUCUUGUUACCGUUGUAUUACUGUUCAGAUUUUAAAAAUAUUAUUUUUUUUUUUUUAAAAACACCUCUCCGCAAAAAAUUAGACAGGAGCCAUUUCAGAAUGGCAGCUUGUUCUAACUAAUUGCUGCACAUGUCAUCAUUCCUUAAGGAUUUGAAUGAAAAUGGAACCAGGCAAGUUAAAGUUACGUGAUCAUUAUAUCUCUUAGAUCUCUUAGCUGUAUUGUGUCCAAAGGGACCUUUGAGAAUGCUGGUGGAAACUGCACAGGAAAGAAACGAGCCCAUCUUCCCUGCACUUAUUUAUUCUUGUAAGUAUUGUUUUCCUUUCAUAAUCACUGAAAUAUUUCUGUUUUUUUUUGUGUUGUGUUUUGCUACCACUGAUAAUUGAGUUGUCAACUCUAAUUAUGUUAUCUGUCUAGCAUAGUAUUAGUAUUCUUUAUAUAGCACCAACAUAUUCCACAGCAGUUUAUAAUUAGACAUCUAAUAGCAAAGUGUUUCAUAUGAAAGACUUUCAACUCCCAUUUGGGGAAUGGGGGCGUUCAUUAAAUGCUGACUCUGCUUGAGCAACCUCCGCUACUUUCUUUUGCCUUAAUUCUCUUAAAUUAAGCUGAUCAAAUUUACUUUAUUCACUGCUAACAAAAACUAUGUUGGGCUGAAUCGAUCCCUUCUAUUUUCAAAUGGAACCCAUGGCAGGGGUGGGAUUAAUCUGAAAAACCCCAGCUGAACACUUAACAAACACAAACUGAAUGUCCCUGCUUUAAAGGACCACUAUAGUGCCAGGAAAACAAACUCGUUUUCGUGGCACUGUGUAGUCCUUAGGUCCCCCCCACCCUCAUUGCCUCCCUCCCACUGGGCUUAAGGGGUUAAAACCUCUUCAGCCACUUACCUUUAUCCAGUGCCAGGCUCCCUCUGCGCUGGGGACCUCUCCUCCCCCUCAUGUUCAGCCUUCCUCACAUAUGUUUUUGCUGUUGAUCCAAAAGAAGGCAAAAAACCCAGUCUGAAGCGCUUCCAAUUUUGCAACAAACUAGUAAAAAAAUUCCUUUUUGACCCCAAAAUAGCAGUCAGAUGUCUCAUUGGAUCAAGCAGCUAUUACCCCACUAAUUAGAAAUUAUAUCCCUGUAUGUUAUGUUUUUGCAAGUAUUUAUCCAAUUGCAAUUUAAACAUAUGUAUUAUGUAUGGACUCUGAUAAAACCACCUCUUCAGGCGAAGAAUUCCAAAUCCUUAUUGCUCUUACUGUAAAAAAAAACCCUUUUCUUUGCCUUAGAUUAAAUCUCUUUUCUUCCAGCCUAAAUGUGUGACCUUGUGUUCCAUGUAUAGCCCUGGUUAUGAAUAGGUUUCCAGAUAAUGGUUUGUACUGGCCCCGAAUAUAUUUGUAUAAUGUUAUAUCCCCUCUCAGGCACCGUUUUUCCAAACUAAAGAGAUUAAAAUUUUUUAACCUUUCUUCGUAACUAAAAUGCUCCAUUCCUUUUAUCAAUUUUGUAGACCGUCUUUGCACUUUUUCUAGAGCCAUGACAUCCUUCUUUAGAACAGGUGCACAAAAUGGCACAGCAUAUUCAAGGUGUGGUCUUACCAGCGAUUUAUAAAGAGGCAAAAUUAUAUUUUCAUGCCAAGAAUUUAUGCCCCUAUUUAUACAUGACAAAACCUUACUGGCCUUAGCAACUGCAGAUUGACAUUGCAUAUUGCUGCCUAAUUUGUUGUCUACAACAAUUCCCAAAUCCUUCUGGUGUGUGGUUAUCCCUAAUUCACUACCAUUUAGGGUGUAAGUUGCUUGUGCAUUCUUGACCCCCGAAGUGCAUAACUUUGCAUUUCUCUACAAUAAAUUUAAUCUGCCAUUUUAGUGCCCAGUCCCCCGAUCUAUCCAAAUCCCUCUGCAGCAAAGCAAUAUCCUGCUCACAUUUUAUUACUUUAGAAAGUUUCAUCUGCAAACACUGACACAUGACUUUCAAUGCCUAUUUCAAAAUCAUUUAUAAAUAUGUUAAAUAGAAGCGGACCCAAAACAGAACCUUGAGGGACACCACUUACCACUUUUGUCCACCAUGAAAAUUUACCAUUAAUGACAACUUGUUAUACUCUAUCCUUAAGCCAAUGUUCUACCCAAGAACAAGAAUAUUCAUCUAGACCAAUUUAUUUUUGUUUGAAGACUAACCUGUUGUGUCUUAAAGUAAUAAUUAGAAACGUGUCUGCAAAUAUGGGUAUAAAUGAUUUUAUUAUGUUAUUUUAAUUUAAAGCUGCUAUGGUGUGGACAGUGGGAAUGGCUGACUCUGGUAAUGCAGAUGGAAGGAGAGCUCCACAAACACAAAGUACAGGUACAUUUUGGAAAAAUUAUUUUACACAUAAGGAUAUAAUAAACAAAUCUCAGGCAGUUUACCAUGGUCCUUCAAAAUAACCAUUUUAAAUUUUGCUGGCACUUCCCCACUGGAUUUAUGGUGCAGACACCUAAUGUAGUUGAGAGAGCAGGAGGACUUGGACACUCUAUCUUAUGAGCUCCAGAUACCACUGGUGGUGGGCCAACCUGGUACCAUUUAUUCAGCAGGACUGCGUCUACUGCCAUCUGUCUCUUUACCAUGGAAGACCUCACCAGCAGGCUGGCUGAAAUGCCAGAGCAGUGGCAUAACCCAGAAAAAUUCAUGUUCAUCCUCCAUCCGUUCUCGCAUUCUGUUGUGUAAGCAUAUUGAAUAUUAAUUCCUGAUUGCACAUAUGUAUAUAUUGAAUUGAAUCUACUCUAGAGGUGGAGGGUGGGUGCUUCAGGGGAAAUCUCUCUCACUCUAAAAUGUUAUUUAUAAAGUUAAACUGCAAGGAUUCAUUCCAAUGGCUUCAUAUAAGCUGUGGGAUAUUUGUAUCCAGGAAAAUAAGAAUUGUGUUAACCCACUCAAGCCCACAUACAUACUGAGCCAUUUUUUUUCUCAUUACGUAUAUGGUGGCACCUACUAGGGCAGGGAUAGGCAACCUUUGGUACUCCAGAUGUUGUGGACUACAUACCCCAUAAUGCUCUUACACCCAUAAUGCUGGCAAAGCAUCAUGGGAGGUGUAGUCCAAAACAUCUGGAGUGCCGAAGGUUGCCAAUGCCUGUACUAGGGGAUAUUCAGUAGUGGCUCUCAAGGGAUGCCCGACAAUACGUUUAUAAUGGGCUUACCGUAAUGGUGACUCCCACAUAUGGAUAAUCAUCUGGCCACAUAGAACAGUCACAAUGGCUGGGAGAAUGCACACUCAGGUGACAAGUAUGUCUCAGGUUUCCUACUCUAGUGGGCUCUCAUCCUACCAGAAAGACAGAUACGCGGCACAUUACCCAGCCCCCCUCCCUCCCUUUGUUCCAGUUCGGAUUGACAAUAAAUGGACAUCCAUCCUCUUGCAUGAUAAUAACCAUACGUGCAACAGGGAGUUAGCAAAGAAAAAAAGUCUAUAGAAGACCUAUGGUAUACUUCAUAGAAUUUAUUGUGGAAACACAAUCCAAUGCCAUAGGCAUCUCCUAUGUAUUAUGCAAGAAGAUUACUGUAACCAGCAGUUGUUGCGAGCGAAAGCGGAACACAAAAUACAAAACAUAUGUUGGUUGGAAGCUGUUUGCACAUAAGACAAAGUAGUCUGUGCUUUUUCCCAUCUUAUGUAUUGCUCUGUAAUUUAAGUCACAUUCCAAAACAGACUAAAUUAUUUUAAUUCCUUUGAAAAACUCAAAAGUGAUUGUGUUUUUUUGUUGUUGUUAUUUAUGUAAAUGAACAAAAACACUUAACAGAUUUAUUUUUUUCUCUUUUUGUUUUAUCAGAAGAAAAUUCGUCAAACAAUAUAACUAAUCCAUCUCAAGUGAAUAGGGAGGCUCUCGAAACCAGGAUUCAAACUCAAAGCAUUCCAGCUCCUUCUAUAGAUGACGCAGAAGAAGAACGUAAGUAUAUGAUCUUUUACAAUAGGCACACAUAGUUAUCUUAACUAAUAAUAAUACGUACUUUACAUUUGAUGAAUGACAAGAACUUAAAUCACCAUUUAGCAAGUUGCACAAAAGUCUGUUUUGUCUCCAUCUGGAAGAUACGAGCCUGAUAUAUUGGUUUUUAUUGUCUUUUGUUAUCUACCUUGAUGUCAGCAUUUUAAUGAUGGGUGGGCUUGGCAAAGUAGCCCAUUGCAAACAGAUGUGGGAAUUAUUUGUCAUAAAUAGAAUAAUUUACCAUUUUAUAUUUUCCACAUUAUAUCAUUAUUCUAUGCAAAAUGCUCUUUAAAGGACCACUUCACACCCAUAAAGUAUUUCAGCUUGCUUAAAGGGAUCCUAUAGUGCCAGGAAAACAAAUCCUUUUUCCUGGAGCUAUAGGCUCUUGGAGUGCCCCCCUCCCUCUGCGCUGAAGGGGUUAAAACUCCUCGGCACUAGUGACUUUUCCUCCCCUGCCAAUGUCAGCUCCGGAGUGGAACCUUAAUGCGCAUGCGCAGCCAGAGGCUCGCGCGCAUUCAAACUCGCCCAUAGGAAAGCAUUACUCAACGCUUUCCUAUGGGGAUCUUAUUUGACGCUGGACUCCGUGAGGGUGUCCAGCGUCAAAUAAAUGCGGUUUACUCAGUGUAAAUUGCGGAAGCGGCCUCUAGUGGCUGUCAGAGAGACAGCCACUAUAAGCUGGAUUAACCCUGCAGUGUAAACAUAGCAGUUUCUCUGAAACUGCUAUGUUUUCAGCUGCAGGGUUAAAACUAGGGGGACCUGAGCUGAACUGGUCCGGGUGCCUAUAGUGGUCCUUUAAGGGCUUUAUGGGUGUGGAGUAUUCCUUUUCAAAGGCACUUUAUAAAAAUGCAGCUUUCUAUGACAAAUCGGCACUUUUAUAAUUAAUAAAACACCCUCUUGGCUGUCAAUCAAACAGCCUGGAAGGUUUGCAUCCUGCUUCUGUUAGCUUUCCUGAGCUAACGGAAGUGGCAGUUAUACAUGUAUUCACUGGGGGUAUGUCUCCACAGUAAUAUGUACUUUUUUGCCCAUUUGAGCAGUGGAGUGUCCCUUUAAAGCUCAAUCUAGUAAAAUACUUUUAAAACAUUACCUUUUUCAUUAUUUGAAUAUUUAAGUAAUGCCGUAAUGCAUUUUUUUUUUGUAUGUUUUUUAUUACACAAGUUAAGAUGUGUAUGAAAUGGAUUGCCCUUUACAGAUGUUCUACGUUAUAGACAAAGUAUGUAGUGAGCGUUAAAAAGAUAAACUGGCAAGAAACCUGACCUAUCUAUAUCCAAUAGAUUCCUCUUUGUUCUGAACAAGACUAGAGAUAAAAUGUGAAUUAAGAUUGACCACCGAAAGAGUGUCCAGUCUCCAUUUUCAUCUCCACCCCACACCAUACCAUUUAAACAGAUCCUCUUUGGAAUAAAUCAAAAUAUGUUCAUUCAGUAAUAAAUCAGUAUCUGAUCAUUGUGGGAAAAGAGAAAACAGAUGUAGAGGGGACAGUAUUGCAUUUCAUUAAUAAUAUUAGAGUUGGAAAAGAGGUAUAAGUCAAGUGCUGUUAUGUUUUCAUAUGUUUAAGUGUUUUUCCAUUUUUGCAGAAAUGUAAAAAUCUAUUUUUAAUGUUAGAUGUGUUCCUAGCUAUUUAGAUAUAUGGUCCCACUGUAUUAGUAAAAUAAAGCAUACACAUCGAUCAGUAUCAUGUCAGAGAUGCAUUAUCCCAGUGCAUCCCUAGUGGGAAAACACCAAUCAUCAGUCCUGUAAAGAUUGCAAAGCUGUAAUAAGAACUGACAGCCACUAGUGGUAUCCUUUAUGUAAACACAGAAAAGUCAGGGUUUACAGUGCUGAGACUGCAGGAGUAGUCUCUUUGCACCUAAACUCCAACAGUGGUUCUGGUGCUAAAAGUGUCAUUUAAGAUUAUAAUUGUCCCCUUUAUUAUCACCUGUUAGAUAUAAACAGGUCAUUUUUUUUCCCUGUCUUACUGAAAAAUCUUUUUGGUGUGCCCCCUCUCUGCUCUAUCUGCCUUGCUGUCUCAAGACACAAACACAGUCUUUAAUCUUGACUGUUUGUAAUGAUCCCCAGCUGAAUUAUCAUGCUUCAUUCUAUAACCUAUUUUUCACAUUGCAAUGUAAAAAGUGUAUGUGAGUUGUGAAAACCGUGUUUGACAUCUAUGGUGACUUUAUUUCCUAAAGGGGGUGUGAAGCUUGGUCUUGGAGAUUUCAUUUUCUACAGCGUACUUGUGGGAAAGGCAGCAGCAACUGCAAGUGGAGACUGGAACACUACCUUGGCUUGUUUUGUGGCCAUAUUAAUAGUAAGUAAAAUGUGCCUUACAAACCAAAUAUCAAAUGGGAGGUAGCUUAAACAUUGAUAAUUUUUAGUUUGCCUAAUUACCCCUGAUACAUCUUUAUACAAGAAGUUUAUAAGUAGGCUCUGUAACGGCUGAGUACCUCCGUUACUUCUUGGGUUCAUAGGCUAUUUUAAGACCAUCCGAUAUCGUCUUGCUGAGUCUAAGUAUUCUUUGCCAUUAGAAGCGCUCAGAUAUUCAUCGCAAAGUAAUCUGAGCAGCAUUCGGAAGUGAAAUGUAGCAAGUGAUUAUAGCCUUUACUACACACCAUGAGUCGAGACUACAUGUAGGGGUAAACAGAACUGACUUUAUUGCAGCUGUGUAGAGAUAUUUAUACCCACACAGGGUCAUUUGCAUACAAUAGGGUAAUUAACAGUACAUAUAGUUUCCCAUCAAGUCUUCUUCCCAUAAUUCCUUAUUUGUCUUGCUGAAGGCAACUCUCAGCCUCACCAAAACAAACAUAUGUUCAGCUUCAUUUUGUCCUUAUAAUUCAAACAACCUGAAACAACGAAAGCCUCUGUUAAAAUUCUACCUUGCAACCUUAGGUCCAUUACAGGCCCUAACAAAUAACACAUGCUAUAAAUUUAAUUGGUUUAUCCACAAGUUGGUUAAUAGAAUAUGAAUUUUACGUUCAUCAGUCAACACCAAAUGUGUGAAUGUUAUGCUUCAGGUUGUUAGUUGAAAUCAAAUUGAAGAACUCCUGCAAUGCUGAGCAUGGUAUAUCUCAGUGCUCUGAGCAUAUUUUUUUGCUAGGAAUUGUGGGAUAAUGUAGUCAACAUUGUGCUAGCCUAUUGCACAGAUGCAUUUGCAGUCCACAUACAUAUAACUUGUCCCUGUCUAAACCAUAGAGGUGUGAACUAAAGUAUUGAAGUAGAAAUAAAAUGUGCACGAAAUGUUUAAUAUAAAGCAGCAAGUCAUUGUCUUAUGAAUCCAUCCACAAUAUGUCCAAAAAGCUAUAUUCGUGACAAAGGGUCUGUUUCUAUGCUUGUCGCAAUCAUUUACCGACAAGUCAGUACUCGCUAAAUUGGCUGUCACAUUAUUACAGGGCAGUGGAUGUUUUUUUUUUUUUUUAAAUGUACUCCUCCAAAGUGGUUGCAAAAGCUUCUUGUCUGUCUUGACAAUUUAAAUGUAACAGAAAAAAAAGAGAAAUUGGAAGCACACAUGAAAACAUGCAUUUCUAAGGAGUGGUGCUGCCAUAAAGACAAAAAUAUAUACAAAGUGCAGAUUAAAGGGACACUCCAGGCACCCAGACCACUUCUGCCCAUUGGGGUGGUCUGGGUGCCAACUCCCACCACCCUUAACCCUGCAAGUGUAAUUAUUGCAGUGUUCAUAAACUGCGAUAUUUACUUUGCAGGGUUAAGUCCUCCUCUAGUGGCUGUCUAUCAGACAGCCACUAGAGGGCACUUCCUGCUCUAUAGCACAGAAAACCUGUGCUAGAGCGUCGCUGGACGUCCUCACGCUGUGUGAGGACCUCCAUUGUCGCUCAAUUCCCUAUAGGAAAGCAUUCAAAAGCACCACAGCCACUAGAGGGACUUCCGCGUGCGCGGCAUUAGGUCUCCCCUCCUUCUGAUGGCGUGGUAGGAGAGUAGACGGAGCCUGACCCAGCGCUGGACUCCGGUAAGUCACUGAAGGGGUGUUAACCCCUUCAGCAACUUGGGAUGGGGGGUGGGAGGGAGAGGGCACUGUAGGGUCCUGCAGUGCCAGGAAAAGGAAUAUGUUUUCCUGGCACUGGAGAAUCCCUUUAAGGAACAUUGCAUACACAAAAAAAUAUACAGUUUUACAUUUUACAAGGCUACUUAAAGGCACCUAUUCACCUAUCUUAGCAAACAAAUAUGGGAAUUCAGUUACACCAUAUGGCCAUAUUGUGUUAAGCCCACCAAUAUGACCCUGUUCGUCUAGACACUAAAAUUUCAAACUUCAAAGUCAGACCUGGACACUGUGAGGAUUAUUCACUUAACUGUGAAUUUUCCCAAAUUAAAUCUAAACGGAGAAACUGAGGCCAGAAUUGCUGAUCUGGAAAAUACUCCAACUCAAAACUGGCUAUUAUUGCCUCAGUUUUGCCAUUCAGAUUUAAAGGGAGAUUUUAGGCACCCAAACCACUUUAUCUCAUUUAAGUGGUCUAGGUGCAGUAACCAGGUCCCACUUAGUUCUGCAAUGUAAAUCAUUGCAAUUUUCAAGAAACUGCAAUAAUUAUCUUGCAACCACUCUCUGGAUUCCAAAGAAUUCUGAAUCCUUUAAACAAUACUGAUGUCCUCGGAUGCAAUCAGCAUCAGUGAAAUGCUCAUAGGAAAGUUUUGAAGCAAUGCUUUCCUAUAGGGAGGGCCUAGUCUGCUCACUGCUCAUGCGCAUUAGGCCCUUCCAGUCUGUGGAGGUGGAGCACCGACCCAGUGCCUAAGGAUAUUGGCGCUGGAAUUAAGUGACUGACUUAAGGUUUUCUUUUUUAAAUCUUUAUCUGCUGGGGGGGACAGAGGGGGGACUCUAUCAUCUUAGUAAUACAGAUUUGUAUUUCUAAUACUAUAGAAUACCUUUAAUGUUGCAAAAAUUAGACUUUAGUUUCUCUUCCUCUGUCCUCCCCAUAGUGUGUAUGUUGGAUGUAUGUAAUGUCUGUUGUGUGCUAUCUGUAUGUGAUCUAUGUGUGCUGGCUGCAUGUAGUGUGUGUCUGUGGUGUGGUGUGUGUGCCUAUGUGUAAUGCUCUGUUUAAUGUUCUUUGUGCAUUUUCCUGGAUCCAUGGUGGUCUAGUGGGGGUUUGUACAUUCAUCACCAUUCUGUGGUGAUGACAUCAAUCAACAACCUAAAGAUAGCAAAGGUUCAGAGGUGAAAGUGACCCUCAUCUAGAUUUUACUUUCACCAAUACAUCGAGCACAAACUUCCUUCCUGGCACCCAGAACUUUAUGUCCUGGGACUUCCAGCGAUAACAAAUUCCACAAAAUUUGACAUUUAACACCUCUAGAGAUUAACCCCUUAAGGGCAGGAGCAAUUAUCCAAGUUCUGAACCAAAACAUAAUUUUCUUCCACCGUAUUUAAGGGUUUCUCUUUAAAAGGACACUAUAGUCACUUGCUCUACUCAACCACAGUUAUAUAGACCUCAGUAAAUGCUCCUUGCAGUUCCUGCACUCAUGGGUGAGAGUGCAAUGCAUCUCUAAGAGAAGCGUUCAGCGUCUCCAUGAAGAGCGUGGAGGCACUGGCCCAGGAAGCACCUUUUGUGGCCAUCUGAGUGACUGCCACUAGAGGUGUUACUAGCAGGCAAUGUAAAAGGCAAUUCUCUGAAAAGGCAAUGUUUAGAGUGCUAAGACUGCAGGGACAUGCUAGACACCAGAACCACUACAUUUAGCUGUGGUGGUUCUGGUGACCAUAGUGUCUCUUUAACCUUUGCCUUACCCUCUUCCUAACCAUAAAUAGCAUUAUCACAAACCUAUCAUUAAGCCUUACAUUACCCUAACCCUACAUUAACCCUACCCUUACCACUAUUUCUAACGCGAACCCCAUCACUAACCCUAAGGAAAGCAUCUGCUAAUAUUAAUUCUGAUAUCAGAAGUUGGGUUUCCUAGUUAAAACAGAGUGUAGUCUGUGACCACUUUGACUUCCAGUGCUGCAUAGAGCACAUUGAUCAGUCUGGAACCACUGAAAAUGCUGCCCCAGAUAUCAACUGAUACCUUGAAUUCCAUGGUGUGAGCAGGGAUUUAACCUUGCUCAAACCAAAACUGCAAGAAGUGUCAAUACGCCUUUAAUGCAAUAUAAUGCACAAAGGACAUUCUAACAUCCUUAAAGUGGUAAAAGAAAACACUAAAUGCAAAGUAACACCAGGUUUCCAUUCUCAGAGGUAAAAAUUACCACUAUGUGGGAUACAUUUGAUAGGUCACUCAACUUUGCAUCAGGUUUAGGUGGAAAGUGGAAAAGACAAUUUAGCAACUGUUAACUCAUAAGACAUUACACAUUUAAAAUAUGUUUAUUCUCUUAGCACAAAAAUCUAUCUAUAAUCAUGGUGUACAUAGCCAGUCAAUAGCUGGCUCAGACUUGGUUGUCUUGAAUAGAAGACACACCAUGGUGGAUGUUCGGAGAUUGGCUUUAGAAUCUGCCGCCCAUCAAGUGGUGAGAGUUCUCCUCCACAUUCAAAUAUUGGAUGUGAACAGAAUAAUGGAGUAAAAAACUGAAACUAACACAACCAUAUGUAAGUUUGUGUGCUCUAACCAAUUUUUUUUUCUUUAGUGUAAACCAUUAAGGGUAAGUUGCUCAGUGAAUUGCAGGUGAAGAAUGCAUGCUAUGAUGGAGUUACUAUGCCAGUUAAUUAGAAAAGGCAUUAUUUUCUUAACGCGUGUCUGCAAAAUAAUAGAAUGAAUUGGUGAUUUGUCUCAGUGGGGGUAGACCUGAGUAGUGUGCAGACAUUAAAUUCAAGUGUUUACCAUGGAAAACGCUUGAGAAUUUAUAUAAAUAUUUUAUUAAUUAAAUUUAUAUUAAUUUACAUAAUAUCUUCUGGCUUUUGGUAUUUACAAUGCUUAAGGGGACACUCUAAGGACCAAAACAACUUUAUAUAGCUAACAGAAAAAGGUUUUCAUGUAUAGAUCAUGCCCCUACACUGUCAAUGCCAUUUAGGUGUUAAAGCACUUUGUUUUUGCAGUCCUAGCCACAUCUCUGCUAGCUGUGACUCACACAGCUUCCCUACACACUUAAAAGAUUAAUUACCAAACCGGUCUCAGGAAAGAGUGUUUUGAAAUUCUGAUCUCCUUCUCUGUUUAUUGUCUGCUAGUGCUAAGCAUGGCCCAGUACUGUCUGAAAUUAAUGCCAUCAUUAAAUUGAUAUUAGUACUGGUCCAGAGUGCAACUCUCACUAAUAUUAGGCAGAACAGGAAAUGUAUGUAAGUCUAAGAUGAAUAAUUUAAACUUCACAGAAGUGAGCUGUUCAUUAUUAUAUGUUCAUUACAGGGUAUAAAUGCACAGAUGGCGUCACCAUCUAUGCGGUAUUAUAUUCUAAAACCUGAUAUUUCACAUGAGAUUUUAACAGGCAUGUCAUAUUACGAAAUCUAAUAUUUCUGAUUUUGUUUGUUUUAAUUUUAUUUUUUAUUGCAGGGCUUAUGUCUAACCUUGUUGUUGCUGGCUGUUUUCAAGAAGGCUCUUCCUGCUCUCCCAAUUUCUAUAACAUUUGGUUUAGUAUUCUACUUUUCAACGGACAACAUAGUGAGGCCUUUUAUGGACACUCUGGCCUCUAACCAACUGUACAUAUAGCACUCUGAUCUACAGGAACACUUUUUCUAAGGCUGUAAAGUGUGGAGAAUGUGAAUGUAUGUGCUUUUACACUCAGUGCCAUAUAUUGUAAAGAUAGAUGAGAUAAUAUUGUGAAUAGCAAAUGGCUAACCCAGGAACAAAUUCACAUUUCAUUUGACAUGUAAUUAUUUUCGUGUUAUGUUAUGUUGCCUUUCAGCAUGUCCGAGCACACAGAGCUGGAAGUCACUGUGACGAAAUUAAGAUAUUUUUGGGGGGAUAAAGCAGGGUAGUACAUUGCCAUUAUUGUGUGAGCUCUUUGAACCGUUUCCUAACAGUUAUGUUUAAAUUGUUUUAAACCAUUAGCUUCCAAUAAGCUACCUAGCACAGGGGUGGCUCAAAAGAAGAUCCCCAGAUUUUGAACUACAUCUCUCAUGAUGCUUUGCCAGCCUUAAGCAUCACGAAACGUUGUAAAACAGUUAGGCAUCUACCUUUGGCAGCCCUGAUCUAGCAUAUGAUAUUUUUUAUUUAAAAAUCUGCCAUGCAAAAAUUGCAUAUAAUCCCUUUAUAUAUAACUAAAAAUAUGUCCAUCAUCGGUGAAUGCGGCACACCCAAAAUGAUUUGUAGGACUUUGCUAAAUGCCUAGCAUGGAGCCAUGCAAUUUAUUUUUGUUUCAAAUGGUUUUAUUUGACAGACAUGGCUACCGAAUGUUAACGUUUUUUUGUAGCUGUUUUAUAUUUUUAUUUGCAUAUAAAUAAAACUCAACUCUCAAUAAAAAUAUCACAUGUUGUUCUUCAUUGUAAUAGCUACAUUGCUAACAAACAUAAGUUAGAUUGUGUUUUUAUCUAACGAUUCAACCAUAAACCCUUUGGUAACUUCAUAUUAAUUAUUAAAACUGUAUUGUACCACCGCAGCAUACUUGGCAUCAUUGCCAAAUAUGCUAGUUGGAUGAGGGGGUGGGACUGGUGUAAUCCAUUGACUCAACACUGGUAACACACAUCAAUAAAAAGUAUCUCUGCUAGUUUGACAGGCUGCUCAGCAAGAUAGCCAACCGUGGCAGAAAUAGAACAGCGGGACACAAGCCCAAACUUGAGACUGUUCCAACAAAUCAGGGACUGUUGGCGAGGUAUCACAGUGCAGUAUGCUUAAUCUUUGAAUGCAAUGUGCAUAGAGUGUAUGUGUAUUUAGCCCUCACAUAUUACAGGAAAUGAACUUAAGUGUGUAAUAUCAUUCAGUCAAUGUAUUUGCUAGCAUACAAUAUUGUAGAUCAAUAUUUUAAGAUUGUGAUUAUUACCGUUAUAGCUACUGUGAAUACAAGUUAUCUAAAGGAAAUGAAGAAAUUAUGUUAAUGAAUCCUGGUUGUUUACGAUUCUUUUUUUUUUUUUUUUUUCAUAAAAUGUAGGAAGUCAAACUGUUUACAAGGCAUAGAGAGG